CGGCCAGAGGUAUCAUUUCACCCCUUAUAGUCACUGUUGACAAUGUAAACCUUCAGUUAUCAAGAGACUCUGUGAGUUGAGAGUGUGCACCCAAGCAAAUCUUUUGUAUAGACGUUGGAAUGUGUACAAGAUCUUUUCUUUUUUAAACAUUGCUGCAGUUCUGAUUUUAAUUUUAUAUUCGCAAACAAAUUAACUUUAUACAUGUAUUUUAUUUUAAUUAUCGGUAAAUGCCGCUGAUUUCAGUUUAUCAAACUUGAUAAAAUAAUUUUUUUUUUGCUUAAAUUUUAAAUUAAAAUAAACCAAUGCUUUUGUCAAGAUUCAGCAACACACUUCUUGGCAACGACGUGUUAAAUAAAUCGAUCAAAAACGACUAAUGGGCGUGUCUAUAAUCAUAUUCAUUUAAAUAGAUCCAACCCUAUUUUUGUAAUAUAAGAUUAGUAUAAAUUUGUGUUUUAAAUUUUAAAUGAAAUUCACUAACUGGUGGUAGAUGUUGUUUGUAAAACGUAAACAUUUUGUAAUGUAUAUGUUCUCGGUUUGAGGAACACUUCAGCAACUUUGGUGUCAGUUGGUGUUAGUCGAGAAAUGCAAAAGGCCAUUGUCAAAAAAAAAAUAUAUGUCCACUUCCACAAUAUUCCUUUUUUUAUAAUGCAUUUGAACGUUUCUUCUGUUAAUACAUAUUACAUCCCUAUUAAAUGUUCAGUUUGUCUGACUAUACAUUAAAUAAUGGCCCCAUGGUUUUGUGUGUCCAACAGUUCAUGUAGUGGACAGCAUUACGUUACGACAAUGAGCUGUCAUUACCUUGUGCUGGUCGGUGUUAUAUGGUUACUAAAGGGAGUGGAAUAUGGAACAGGACAAGCCACAGAAGGUAGGAGUAUUUUUAUUCUAACUUAUUUGAAUUGACAAAACUAUAUUUAUAUAUUGCCAAGCUUACCAUUAAAGUUCAAGCACAGGGGUUUACGUACUGUUAUCAGUAUGGAGAAAGUAAACGCUCUAAAAUGGUACACAGCAAAAGACGUUACCAGAAAUUAAAUACAAUAGCAAAGACAACGAUACCUAAACUAGGGCUAAUUAAAAUUAAUAAAUUUUAUUAAGUUAAUAAUACAUUACAAAUCCAAAAAUAAAUCAAAUUAAAUCUAUUGACUUACACAAUAAUGGUUGGCGUGUAUCAGUAAAAUGUUGAAGAAGAUACAAUGUUUUAAAAGGUACAAUGAUGAAAAAAGGAAUCUACAAAAAUAUAUCAAAUGUUUGUAAACAAGUCUCUGUCUCCUAUAGCAAAUCUCCAUCGUAAUAGCGAUAUCCCCAAAAUCUCUCUCUAUUCCUUCCUUUUAUUGUCUGUUGUACUGAGAUUUCUAGAAAGGGCUUAGACAUUGUUUUCCUUUCCUGAUCUAUUUAGUAUUUUUUUCUACAGAAUUCUAAUAAUACAGUGUUUAAUUGUAUACAAGGUCAAGGAGACUAUUUUUUAUUUAGUCACACCCUAAAAGUGGCACCAAACUUGAGGUCAGCUAGAGUUCAUUCACGGGGAAAGAUGACGUAAACACAUAAUCUACAUUACAUAGGGUAAAUAACCCGCAAAUAAGGUGCCAUGAGAACUGAUGCAUCCAAGUUAAACAUUUGUUAGACAUUAGCAAAGUAGUUUAGCUGUGUAUCUCGUAUAGCGUCGGAAUCUAUAAGACGUUCCCUUUUCUAUCUUAAUAUAUAACACACAUACUUUUUAUCUUUUAAAUAACCAUGAAAUUUCCCUACGGACUUUUAGUUGAAUAUCAAGGGUGUGCUCUCUCUACAGACUAUCUAAAUAUUCAUUCGCAGGCCUGCUGUGUCUUCAAUGGAACAUUAGAAACAAUACUUAUAAAAGGCGGAAUACCUUGACUAUUCAAAUUUAAAUUAUGUGGUGUGGUUCUUAGUAGCAUUCCCAGUUUAAGGCUUACUCCCUUCAAGUUAAUUCACCCUCAAGCUAAUACUCCUUUUUCUUUAUUAUUUUGUUUUAUCUUUGUGUUUUUUCUUAGAAAUAUGAGUUCAGCCAAAACGCCCGAUUCGUUAUUUUACUUUUAUUUGGAGCUUCCUGUGUCUAAUACUUCUUUAGCACGACUUGAACUUAGUCUCUAUAAUACGCUAAGUCAAUAUGUCUUAACUCUAAGCUUGACACUGGUUUAUGGUGGUAACCCUCUGAUGCAUUUAUCAUGCGUACAUGUGUAAUAUAAUAUUCUUUAAAAAAUAAGAAUUCGAUUUUUUUUUUUUAACAUAUUUUUUACUGGAGUGUUUCCAAAUGAUGUUAUAGCUGCAUGGAAUCUGCAAUAUGGCUGCCGUAGUAAUAAGCACUCACACAAAAACAUGUAUUUCGUGCCAGUUCAUACUGCUUCUUUAGAUAUCAAUGGUUGUUUUUAAAAAAAAAAUCCAACCUAAGGGCAUUAUUAAAAUAAACGAAUGCUUUUAAUAUAACAGUUAACGUAUUAAGCUACUGAACUUGUAGGCUUCUUCUUAUUAUUAAACGCUCCUAACAUUAUAUGACAGGAUGUGGAAGGAAACUAUCAUCUCAAGCAGGAACCAUUGUUUCACCGAAUUAUCCAGACAACUACCCAGAUCCAAUGACUUGUACUUGGACAAUAACAGUUGCAGAAAAUCAGAUAAUAACACUCAAGUAAUGACAUACAAGUUUCUUUGGCACUAUUGUAAUGUUAUUUUAAUAUACAUCAUUCAUAAAACACCUUUCCUCAUAUAGGUUACAGGGUGUCGUGUUAGAAAUAAUGUGCAGUAAGCCUAUAAUAUGUUUUAAAGAUAAAUAGUUUGUACAUCUUAACUUCUAUUGGUUAAUCUUCAAAGUUUAUUGUUUCACGUAAAUAAAUUGGUUACCGGAAAUUUGAUCUAAAGUAAUUUCGUCGACGGUAAAUUGAUCGAACGGUAAUUUGGUAAUUUAACACGUUAAAAUUUUCGUCAAAUUUCUUUUUGAACGCACAAUACUUUAUAGUAAAACAAAAUAAUGCGUUCAAAAAAGAAAUUUGAAAGAAAAUUUAAACGUAAAAACUGAAGAAAAUAAAAUGAUUCCACCAAAUUUCCGUUCGAUCAAAUUACCGUCGAUCAAUUUACUGUCGACGAAAUUUCUUUCGAUCAAAUUUCCGGAUAAGAAAUAAAUUAGUUACACAAAGCGUUAGACUUUAUUUUGUUUUAACACUGAUAUUUCUGUAACAUUUCGAGCCUCGAUGUUAAUAUUCCUCUUCCCCCACCAACCCCGCACUUAUUUGUAAGGUUCAUUCUUUUUCUUUUAAAAUGUGUCCAGGUUCCAUAACUUUGACGUGGACGACACAGAUACGGUCACGUUUUACGACGGAGACAACUCUAACACACCAGUGAUCAAUGGACAACAGACCGGAUACUGGCCAGACUCCAAACUUUAUGAGUUUCGUGUCCGUACAUCGGGGCACAGCCUGCAUAUCGUGUUUAACGCCCGGGGGCCUCCCUCGGGGCCAGGAUUCACCCUUUCUUAUUGGGCACACGGUAUAAGUCUUAGCCUAUACAACAUGAACUUUAACUUCAGUUGAAGUCGAUUCAAACUUUCUUUUUGGGCACACGGUAUCGUUGUAAACUGCACGAACUUUUUCUUUAGUUGCAGUUGAAAAAAAACAACACCAAAUAUGUAUAUUUUAAUAUGCCUGGAAGAAAAACUUAAGAUAGUUUGUUUUUUUAAUAUAAAACGAUGUUAUCAAUUAUAAUUUUGGGGUUUUCUUUUUUGGUUCCUUUUUAAAGCCAAAUUAUAUUUUUUAGAAUUAAUUAUUUUGAGACAUAAUAAAUCAUCAAUUCCCAUCGUUAAUAUUCUUUAAAUCAGGCUAAGCUCAGUCUUUCAAAUAUCUGUAAGACUACUAAUUUUUUUUUUUUUAAAUCCAGAGUGUCCCCCAUUGACCCACGGCGUUGACUACUGUGAUCAGAACUGCACGUGCGAUAAAGAAAGGGCAUCCUAUUGUAACCCAAACACAGCGGCGUGCGUCUGCAAAAGUGGUUGGAGGGGUGCAUAUUGUCAUGACGACGUCAACGAAUGUGACAAUUCUUACAUCUGCUCCAAUCCACAAACUCACUGUGUUAACACACCGGGAAGCUUUUCUUGCGUAUGCAAGGCAGGACUACGCCUGGACUCAAACGGACAGUGUGUCUGUAAGUCUCUUUAUAGAGAAUAUUGUUUAAGAAAUUAAGGUCGCUAAUAAAACACGUAAGCUCCAAUUAUAUAGCAACCCCUCAGUUAUUCAGAUUUUAAUAAAGAAAAUUAUUUUCAUUGCUUACUUUGGUUCAUGGGUAAUAUUGUAAAAAUUUUAUGUCAAACUCGUAGUUUAAAAAAAAAAAACAUGAAAUAAAUUUCAUUUUAUUCGAUGGAUUUCAACAAUAUGAAAACUUUAUCAAAAAUGCGAAAUAAAUUUAAAUUAAGCAACUGAUAGGAAAGAUAGGAAAUUAAUAAAACAAAAUAAAGUCAAACUUUAAAAAAUAAUGCAACUAAACAAUGAACGUGUCGGCAGGAAGCCUUCAUCAGCGAAAAGACAACAUAAAAAACGAAUUAAAAUAAAAUUUAAAAAUAGCACUUAGCUGAGAAGUAGUAUCCGAGAGGGCGGCAAAAGAAUGAAUGGAAAGAAAUAAAUUCCAUGACGAAAUAGAAGAAAAUGAUGGAGUUCCUAAUAUCUGUAAAAAAAAAAAAACCCCGGUUAAGAUCUGAAUAAGAUCACAGUAAGAUUUAAGCAUUUUGAACAUUCGUCUUUCACAUUUAAGAAAUAUAGCACACAUGCCAGGGGAAAACCCGAAGACGGGCAACGCAAAGAAACGGACGUUUUGGUGGAGUGACUCCACAGCAACUAAACAACCCUUGAGAACACAGUUUUUCGAAUAAAUCAUUGAAAUGCGUUUUUGUCUGCGUUCAUGUAAUUGUUCGUGAUUUAUCAUUUGUUAAGAAGCGGUCGUGUAAAUGGCGUCGAGAAUGGGAGUUCACUAGCAAUUGUUGCGCACUGGAUAUGGUGUCUGAACACCGAGGAUCGGCGUGAUCAAGUUAAAUACUAGUCAUUGUCACGGUCAGAUCGCGUGAGUUUUUCUGUGUCAGCUUUUAUGAUGUUAAUUUGACCAAUAGUGGGUGAGUUUCUUUUCCCCGUGUGACCCACGAGUUUUUAUUUUUCCCGGUCAGGUAUGACCAGUGUGCUGUGUCGGGAGGAACCACGUGAUGAGAGGAGUGUGUGAAAAAAAAAAAGGGGGGAGAUGAGUUGUUUUAAGGAGUGAACAGUGGCGAGUGCUGUGGAUAAGGUGUAUGAUUUUUGUCUUUUGAAGACAGUGAGUUUUCUAUGGAUGGAGGUACACUUGUGUAACUAUAUGUUGUAUGUGUAGUUUGGUUUCUGGACACGUUUCUAUUCUGAACACCAGAGCUUAUUUCUUAUGAUGUUUUCCACUCUUAGGCAUAUUUAGCCAAUAAAUAAGAAAAACCUGAAUCUCUGCAUCGUUUGUUUGAUACUUGGAACAAGAGUCACAUCAGCUCUGUAGGAGCUAGAAAGAAAGGGGUUCUAGACCCUUGAAAAUUGUUCGUGACUAGUACGCAGGGGACCGACCUCUAGACAACGUACGUCACGUCACAGUCAUAAUAGAACGAAAAAUAAAAUUGUGUGAUGAAAAGGUUUCCGCUUAGAAUAUUAAUGAUUUACUCACCACUCUACACAGACAACGUUGCGAAUGUUCUGAGUAAGUCGUCGAACAUGCAGAUGAGACAACAACAAAUAAUUAUUACAAUUUUCCAUAUUUUAUUUCGGCAAUUUCCGGUAUAAAUAAAUGGUAUUAUAAGUUAAUUCCGAUGGGCUAACUAUUUAUAUCCUUAAUAUUUUUUUUUUAAGUCCGUACAGCUCAUUCAAAAAUUGGACAAUAAUCAAUAGCUCAUCGUGUAAUCACGUAAUCGGAUAAGCAGGCCUAAAAUUUCCAAAAUUUUGAGUAGGCCCAGUGCAAGUGCACCACUUGAACCAAGAUUAAUCUGCGGCCCUGUGAUGGCUCUAUCUCCAUGUGACAGUCAUCAAAUUAUCAAUGGCACUACAUUCCAUAAAGCGUUCAUGGGCUGCAUCACAACAUCUUAUGAUCAUUCCGCUCCUAUCGUUCCACGACCGUACGUCUCCACGCACGGGCCCGAGGUUGAUGUGAAUCCAACUCCACGUCAUCCAUCCAUCUCAGUCUCGGUCUAACAAUGAACCGGCUACUUCGUGUUUUCGGUCUCCAUAUCCCUUUUGUCCCCGUUAAUCCGACACACUAUAGAGGUUUCUUGUACAUCUAAUAAAAUUGAAGUUGAUUAGAUUCAAUUUUUUUAUCUUGUUUAUUGGUACUUUCUUAGGUUCUCGCUCUCCCUAUCUUGAUAUUAAUUUGUCCUUUGGGUAAGUUAUUAGUUGCAACUUCAAACCAAACUUUUAAUCUUCUUGUCACAUCUUAAUUUUUUUCAAUUGUGCCUGCAUGGAUGACCAAAACUAUUUAUUGUUUAAAUAUAUAUAUUUUUUUUUAAAAUUAAGCCUGACUCAAUCCAAAGUUGCCGUUCAUAUCAGUACAAUAAUGAUUCAACUGAUUUUCAUGGCUUCACAGCAUCCUGCACAACACAGCCCAGUAAAUGCUCCCAUCUAUGUGGUGUCGUGUCAACCAAUCCAUACACAGAACAGUGCUCAUGUCCUAACGGAAAGCAAUUAAACUCAACCGAUAACCACUCGUGCGAUGGUAGGCAACUUUUGAUGCAUUUUUUUGCCUUUUUUUUUUUUUUUUAAUUUAAAAACUCAUAAUAUUUAAAUGAGAAAUAAAAGACAACAUAACAAUUAAGAAGUAAACCAAUUAAAAAUUUAGUUAAUUUUACUUGAAUUUGGAAAAAAAAUUAUUUUCAAUUUAGUUAAAUUUUGUUUGCACUCAUAUAUUAAUUAUUGAUGCUCAUGUCCUAACGGAAAGCAAUUAAACUCAACCGAUAACCACUCGUGCGAUGGUAGGCAACUUUUGAUGCAUUUUUUUGCCUUUUUUUUUUUUUUUUUAAUUUAAAAACUCAUAAUAUUUAAAUGAGAAAUAAAAGACAACAUAACAAUUAAGAAGUAAACCAAUUAAAAAUUUAGUUAAGUUUACUUGAAUUUGGAAAAAAAAUUAUUUUCAAUUUAGUUAAAUUUUGUUUGCACUCAUAUAUUAAUUAUUGGCACUGUGUUCUGAUAUAGACUUAUUUUCUUCUCCAUUUGCUUUCUAGACUGCAAAGAUUGGCAUUAUGGAGAGGACUGCAAACACCUAAGUAGCUGUAACAGAGAAAACACACGGUAUUUGAACGUAACAAAUGGACUGUGCUCCUGCUACUUAAACUGGACUUCUACGGAUUGCAAUGAAGAUUUCAAUGAGUGCACCAUUACAACAGCCUGCAACUCAACCUACCAAGACUGUUUCAACACAGGAGGAUCCUAUGAAUGCAGACGACGCCCAGAAGUGGUCAACACAACUAUGUGCAAUGGUAAAUAAUACGAACACCUACGUUCGGGCAACUGUUUUCCAUGCAUGCAAUUAUUUUAACUUACUAUAGUGAGAAAAUCUUUAUUGAAAACUGUCCCAUGGGUCAAUUCGUUCGGAAAAUGAGGUAAAUAAAUUUUUACAGAUAAUUAAGUAAAUUUUUUUUACAAUAAACUUUACUUUGAUUUUGGAGAAAUGUAAUCAAUCAUCAAAGAAAGUUUGGACAGUAAUUUAUUUUCCUUUUUUUUUUUUAGUUCUGUUUUCAGAAAUGUAAUUUACUAAGAAUAACAUGAAAAUGUAUCGAUACGUUUGGACAAUUUAAGCUGUUUUUUUUUACAAUAUACACAUGUUAUAUUGCUAUUUUGGCCUUGGCUACAUUAUUUUAACCACAAUUCUAUAGGCUACAUUUCUGUAGGCCCCCAUCCCACUUCUUUUGUACUCCUGGUCUCCAAAAUAUAGAAUUUCACCCUUCAGCUGAGCUUGUUAUUUCCAGAGUGCAUCAACACACUGACGAACAGGACGGGAAUCAUUUCCUUCGAUUACUACAGCACAAACUGUUUCAACAACAACUACAACAAAAUUAAACAGUGCUCGUGGGUUAUCGAAGUGCAGAGUAAUCACGUUAUAGAUUUGAGGUUUGUGGAAAUAGCGUUGGUUUUCAGAUAACAAUUCUUCUUAACAUCAUUUUGGUUUUUUAAAAUAAUUAUGAUGCUUCCUUGUAUUCUGUAUCCAUCUCGGGGGUGAUCCAAGUAUUCCAACUACGAAGAUCUCACAACACACAAUUGUACAUCUUGCUUACUAUCAACAUUCACAAAAUAAUACAUUUAUUUUAUUUCAUUUACAAUGUAUGUAACUCAAGAUCCAAAUCUCUAUACGAAACAAAUGCUAUAGAUUGUGUUGCCUUUCAUGGAUGUGUUCAAGUUAAAGAAAUCAAUCUUCCCAAACUUUCUGAUGACGACUGCCGGCAGCAUUGCCUCACCAAAAUUAAAUAUCUCUCCCUCCCCCCCCCCCUGCCCACCCCCCAAGAUUUGUAUAAUUUAUGAAAUAAUCUCAUAAUUGCUACUGAGCCAAAUCUAUCAGUGCUCCUAAAUCUUGAACGCGUCCGUGCUAUUGCAAACGGUGCACGGCUCCAGUCGACAUGUGAUAAUAGCAAUGACAAUGGUGACAUGAUGUCGGCCUAGUGCUUGUAACAUAAUUGAUCUUUCAAUAGAGGAAAAAGUAUUCAUAGUCGAGUAUGAUUUUCUCUCAUACGUAAGUGAUUACGCGAUCGUAAAUGGGGACCCUGAUUGAAAAAACAAAACGGCAGCAAAAAGAAAAAAAAUUCCGAGCAUGAAAUUUAAAUAGAUUGCACCAAGUAGUAAGGGAAAUCUGGUCAACUAGUAAAAUGUUCGAUGUACUUAACUUACAUAUGAGCUCAGUUAUUAAUACUUUUUUUUAAUUCGUUGAGAGACUCAUUUUCAAUAACAGCCAAUAUAUAAAUUAUAAUAUUAUAAUCCUUUUCAUUUCUAUGAUCCCAUGUUCGUAUGACUUUUGAGGAACACACAAAUUCCGUUCAUAAUAAAUGAGUUUCAGUACUUAUAAUUUUUUGACGCAUACUGUAUUUUUUUUCUCACAGAUUCACAAAUUUCCAGCUAUCCUCUUCAUCGGGCUACGUUCGAAUCUAUGAUGGUCGCAAUGAAACAGCGCCAUUGUUGGGACAUUUUGAUGGCUAUAACUACAGCAACAGCCGUUUGCCCAGCAACUAUAUCAGAUCAUCCGGACAUCAGAUGUAUCUUGUUCGUAUCGAUGAUUUUUCUGGAACUUUCGUGGCUACAUACAUUUCCCACGGUGAGAAUAGAACAGAGUGAUCAUUUAGGUCAGAAUGAAUAUGUGUUUAAAUAAAAUCUUGUAAAAAAAAACACUAUUUAGUAAUGUAUACCAUACCAUGAUACCAACAGCUUUUUUUUUCAAUUUAACUUUAAACGCCAAAGUACUCUAAAUGUAUUGAACAUACCAUAUACAAUGUUGGAUAUUUCAGUCUAAAACAGUUCUUUGAAGAGAUCAUUAAAAUCUAUUUAAUAUUUUAUUUGAACAAAUUCGUUUUUUUAUAAAAAUUGUUAAUUAACAUGAAAACAAGAAGAAAAAAAACUUUAUAAAGAUAAUUAUCAAAGAGGUAUAAUAUAUGUCAUUUAAUUCUUCUUUUUUUUUCAUUACAUGUGAUUAUCUUUUUCAAACUUGACCUUUUUUUCUUUAAAUUUCCUUAAAUUGUAAAUAUUUAAGAAUAGCAUUAGUUUUUUUUAUAUUAAAAUAAUAGUUUUCAACACAUGCAACCCCCAACAAAUAACUGAAACUUUCCCCACCAAGAGAACACACAAUACUCUAAGACCGUGUUUGACGGUGAUUUCUUAAUGCCACUUCCCAUCAAUUGGGAUGCAUGCAAAAUUUACAACACUGGAAAGGCAAUACAAGAACACUGUAAUGCGAAACAUAUACUAACAUUCUUCCCACUAAAUCUUAGAGGUCGGGUAGAAGAUAUCGAGAUAGCUGAAGGUCCAGAAGACUCGACAAGGACCAUCCAAAUAGAAAAAUGGUUUGAGGAUGGAUACAAAAAAAUAGAAUUCAAGAUAAAGCAAUAAUAGUUGUGUCCUCUGAAAGGGAAGAGAAACACCACCUACCAACAGACAGAGCAGAUGGCAAAUCAUUGCAAAAGACCUAUCCCAGAUCAACAUUUACAAAUGGCGUUUAAAAAACAGACCUAAGCAAAAAGAUACAAAACGAACUGGAUGGCCAUAUAUUUGAGCCAGUUUCCUCCGUUAGGUACCUCGGUGUUACCAUUCAAAGAGAGGUCAGCUGGGACGAGAAUAUUAACAAUGUGUGCAACCAGGCAAUAAAGACACCUAGGGUUCCUAAGGCGAAAUUUGGAGAUCGGCAACACCAAUGUGAACGAGAGAGCCGAUAAAGCCUUUGUCUGGCCACUUUUAGAUUACGCUUCUUCAGUUUGGGGCCCAUUCACCCAGAAGAGCAUCGACAGGAUGGAGGCGGUCCAACGACGGGCAGCACGCUUUGUUCUGAGCCGCUACAGAAACACCUCUAGUGUUGGAAGCAUGCUGGAAACACUGGGCUAGUUACCAUUGGAGGAUAGACGAUGAUUAUCCAGGCUCUCCAUGGUGUUCAACAUAAAUAAUGGGCUGAUCCACUGCUCCAGCAUUAAACAAAAACUCGUCCCUUUCCUCCCUUGACAGCAACGAGGCCAUGACAGGGAGUUCCGGCUCAUAACAGCAAGAACACAACACAUGAGCUGCUCAUUCCUGCAAAAGACAAUCAGGGACUGGAACAAGCUUCCAAAAGGAACAGUUGAGGCUAGGACACUUUACACAUUUGUGUCUAUUGCCUCAGGCCUUCCAAACCCAAGUUCCCGAUAGCCUCGCUGAGCGUCCCUUGCAACCAGUGAAAUAUCAACUUCAAUCCCGGCAUAGAAACAUUGCAAAUAGGAGCCAGAAUGAUCAAUACAUUGAUCGUGUGACCUUAAUAUAUAGAAGAAGUAGAAAAGAACAGACCCCGUCCACACAAUGCUAGCUGCAGAAAAUAAAAAUUGCAUCCUACUCAAAUGAUAUAAUUCAAUUUUAGACAGUGGGGUAAGAUUUCAAAUGAGACCUAAAAGCCGUGUACGAAUUGAGUACACAUGCAGAUCAUGGGGCGCUAUCUGCGGUAAUGAUGAAGCAGAAGCGACUGAUAUUGAAGCAGCGAAUCUGGAAACUUCAGUUUAUUCAAGCAGACAACGGCAUGUCCUUAUCUUCUCCGACUGCAAAUCAAAACUUCAAGUAGCUGAGAAUCGAGCUAACGUUACAAUGUAUACCAUGGCACCACGCACUACACCAGAAUAAACUAUUAAAAAAACCAGGACCAUCCGUUGAACAGCCAAACGUACCCACAGCAAAUUAUUUGAGAUGACAAAAAUAAGAUCUGAAUCCAAAUGAUGAUGACUAAAUAUUUACAGCUAGAAAUAUUUGUAGUCGACCAUCAUAACGUUUUAAUAAAUGCAAGCGCUGACUAGUACACGUGCUAUCUAGUACAAGCGCUACCAGGUACAUGUGCUACCUUGUACACGCGCUGUCAAGUACAAGCGUUACCUAGUACAAGCGCUACCCUAGUACAAGUGGUACCUAGAACAUACGCUACCUAGUACCAGCGCUAUACCUAGAUUUAUCAAAAGUGUUAAAUUGUUUAAGUCCUAUCCAUUUUUUUUCUCCCAUUAUUUCCACAUUUUUACGUUUUUAAAUUUGAUGGAUAAGUAAAGGGUAGAAAUUUGUAUGUGCUUACUUUAUAUUAGAGCAUCGGUUCUCGACCUUUGGGUCACGACCUCUUUUGGGGGUCGAAUGACCCUUUUUUAGGGGUCACCUAAAAGCAUCGGAAAACACACACACUCUACAUUUAUAAAGUAGCAACGAAAAUUAUUUUGUGGCUGGGGUUCGCCACAGCAUGACGAACUGUAUUAAAGGGUCGCGUAAUUAGAAAGGUUGAGAACCAAUGAAUUAGAGUAAAAAAAAUGUUGGGUCAAUUUUGUUAAUGUUUUAAAUAAACCUUGUCUUUAAUGUCUUAAAAAAUAACUGUGAAUACCUUCCGCUAGAGUGCAAGGCGUUCUCUCAUGACACAAACUGUUCAACUCCUUGCAACUGUUCAAAGAAUUACACAGACUACUGUGAUAGCAUCACGGGUCAGUGCAUGUGUAAACAUCAGUGGACAUCUCCUGACUGUACAGUGGACAUAAACGAAUGUCUCUUAGAUCCGCUGAAAUGUCCCAAUUAUUCGGACUGCAACAAUCAUAAACCUGGUUAUGAAUGCGUGUGUAAGGAAGGACUGGAAAAAGACCAUCAAGGACAAUGCACUCUGGGUGAGUUUCUUCGUGCUCUUGUAUGCGCCCAGAGUUGUUAAAAUAGCUAAGGGUGGAUAAGUCGACAUUAAAAAAGAAAAGUAUUCCAAUAAACAAGGUAUUGUAUCAAAGGGUGCGUAUGCAUCAUUCCGUCAUGCUCAAUGGUAACUUAUUUAAGCGACAUCUAUGCAAGCGUUCCCCAAACGGUGGUCCUUGAAUCGCCCCCGGUCCGCGGGACUUGCGUUUUCGGUCCACUUAACAUGAAUGUUUAUGGUAAAAUAAAAAUAAUAUAAAUAAUUAAUAAACCUCUCACCGUUCCCGGUGCAUUUUCGAAAAGUGUUCACUUGUCUUCCAAACUUGAAAUUUCCCAAUUUGUUAACUAAAGAAAAAUUUCUCAUUCGUGAUUUACGUCCAAUGAAAUUUUUAUAGCUAAUGUCCUGGUAUGAAAAAGAAAUAGAUCUGUUCUUAAAAUGAUUUUGAGUUAAUCCGCAAUAUACAAAGUAUUGCAAGAAGAAAAUAAAGCUUACAAUUUCCGAUUAAAUCCAUUGCAAGUUGUCCCCAUUUACACGAAUCUUGUCUAGUUUUAUCAAGGAUUAACUCAUAACUAUGCCAUCAACCAAAUAUAUAUAGCGGGGAAAAUACUUUGCUCGUUAAAUACUUAAUAUUGUUGUUGUUUUCAUAAGUUACAAACAUAAAAUACUGUUUAAUAAAAUAGUGUUUUCCUGCCUCUGGAAUUUUUAUAUAUCGAAACUGUUGUCUAUUCGAUUAAAACAGUAGUUGGCAAACUCAGUAGUCAAAAGAGCCAAAAAUCAGCAGCAGAACGAUUUUAGAAAAUUUUGAGAGCCAAUUUAUUUUCAAGAACCUGUCAAGAACCAUGUUUUUUUAAGUCAAAACCGAUUUAUGGCCGACUGGCCGAGCUAGCCGCACUCAGGUUUCUAAAGAAAGAGCCGCAUGCUGCUCGCGAGCCGUGAUUUCCCGACCACUGGGUUAAGGUAUUCUUUUAUCCAUUUACUUAGCAAUAUUAAUAUCAUCCAGAUUCCAGCUCAAGUUCAUCUGAAUGUAUUUCAAGAAAUUGUUCACAUAAGUGUGUCCACCUGCAUGGAUCCAAUGAAGAUCGUUGCUACUGUCCCAUUGGCAUGGUGCUUCAUGGAGAUACAUGCAUAAGUUAGUAAAUAUAUAACUAUAUAAAGAGUUAAUACAUUAUUGUUGUUGUUUAAUUCCCUUUGUUUUUGAAAAUAGAUAAGUUUAAAAAAAAUUAUUAUUAAUUACUUGUAUGUAUUUUUUACAAAUAUAUUUUAUGAAGUUCUUUAUUAAUCUUAAUGGUAUAUUUGCAAGUUAAUAAAUAAGCUAAUUUAUUUUAAAAGCCUUGAAUUUUAAAAUAUAAUAAAAAAGAUUCUACAUAUUUAAAAGCUAGACUGAAUUUUUUCGUUUUUUCUAUUUCAAUUUCAGAUUGCAGCAACUGGACAUUUGGCCCAGAAUGUUUACGCAAAUGUUCAUGUGUUGAAAACAAGACAGCGUCAUGCAACCCUGUAACUGGCCAGUGCGUCUGUUUGCCAGGCUGGACACAUGAUGAUUGCUCACAAGACAUUGAUGAAUGCCAUUUACCAAUAUACUCCUGCCCGUCCUAUUCUUCCUGCAUAAAUACACCUGGUGAUUACGAUUGUAUUUGUGACGGAAAUAUGGGGGUUGAGAAUGUUGAUCACAGGACAUGCAAAAAAAGAGGUAAUUUAUCCUAAGUGACAGAUGCAAGCAAUGGCUUAUUUAGAGUUAAUGCAACCAUGUGAAGGGCUCAAGGGAAAAACCAGUGAUGUCAGGUUUUGAGAGUUUUGAGAAAAUUGAAUUUAAAGUUUGAAAAUUCCUCAUAAAAGUAUGAAAAUAUCAAGAUGUCUACGUAUUUAUUUAUUGACUACGCUGCUUUUUCAGUUGGACCUAUGUAUCAUAUUANUUUUCCCCUGAACCCUUCAUGUUCAAAUCAAAAUAUUUGCCCCCCCCCCCCCCACCUUUUUUUCUUCCACGAAGAAAGAUCAACAGAUUUGAGAAAAUGCCACCACCCCAUUUAAAGAAGAAAUAAAGGAAGCCCGGGUCGACCUUCCCAUAGGUCCCUUCCUAUCUAACCCCGCAGAAGCCAGUUCACUUAAUCAGAGCAAAAUGCUCAAUAAACACUGACUUCACCUAUGACAACUCCAUGAGCAGUUACAUCCGGAACAAUGAUAAAUGCUUCCUUGUGCCUCGGUGUAACAUAGUUAAAUAUAAGCAGUCAUUCUUCCCACGAACAGUAAUUGCUUGGAACCAACUAGACAAUGCCACCAUGGACUCGAAAUCAAUCGAGAGUUUGAAAGCUGCCCAGGCACCCGCUAGGAGGGGUAAGGAUGGCCGCAUCGUUUCCCAAACCGUUGCACGUAUGCCAGUACUUGGUUAAAACAUAAAUACAUAUAAUUUAUAUCAUAGCUUUAAAAGUGUAUAUCUGCCUCCCCCCGUUUCUUAUAACCGCUUUCCUCUCGUCCUCUGAGAUACUAUUUUUUUUUAAAUUUUAAAUUUCUAGAUUGUAACCAAACACUGACAAGUUACACUGGUAUGAUCACUAGUCCAAACUAUCCCAGUAGUUAUUACAACCUGGCUGACUGCACCUGGCUAAUUACUGUGAAUGGAGACAACAUCAUCGCUGUGAGGUGAAUGUAUUACCAAUUGAUGUAAAUUGUGUGUAUGGCUGCUUAUUAUAAAAAUGUUUUAUAUCAAACCAAGAAUGACGGAAAUGAGGAUAUAUCUGUAAAUCGUUCACACAAAGUAUUUAAUUUUCUCAUUUUAGUUAGACUAAUUUUUAAAAAAAUAUUUUUAAAAAAAAAUAUUUUUAAAAAUAAAAGUGUUUAUUUUUUGUAAAGAUUCUUUUUUUUUAUCUCAUUAUAAUACACAAUAUAUUGUUGUUGUUCGUCCGUCGAAAUCGACUAGGACCAUCGAGUCAUCCGGUUAGGGGGGAGGGUGUGUUUCGGUGAGCUCAUAGGCGGUUUGCUAGACCAAUCCGUGCUAAAGUUGGAUGACUGAUGACUUGCGCGGGUGACUGUGUUUAAAGUGAGGUUCGAGUUGCGCAGUGUCAACCUCACUCUCUCGUCCAGACACAAUAGAUACUGAUACUAAUGUCGACGCUUAUGGUAUAGGCUAAGAAAAUAGAUUUUAUAUGUAUGUGGUAAUUUUUGUUAAUCAAUGAAUAUUAUAUUGAAAUAAACUGUGUUCUGUAAUAAUGAAAGGAAACAACAACUUUAAAUAGCCUACGUUUCUAAAACAUAUAUUUUAUUAUCUUGCCUGUCUCCAUGUGCAUCCGGUAAACGAAGGCAUUUUGGUCGAUAAAUGUGUACACAUAGAAAAUAACGAGUGUUGGAUAAUAAUGAAUUUGAAUAACUUAUCAAAAUAACCAUAAUUUUAGCAUUUCCAUAUUAACAUUAAAAAGAUGUCUAUACAAAUUUCAGAUUUGAAGAUUAUCAGCUUGAAAGUGGGCUUGAUUAUGUAAAUUUUUAUAAUGGAAACACGACACAAACAUAUCCCAUCACUAGUGUCACGGGGAGUUAUACCUCAUCCCGAAGAUCCAUCAGAUCUACUGGAAACAAGAUGUUCAUCAAGUUCAUUACUGAUUUUUCUCAACAAUUAAGAGGCUUCACGGCUAUUUACAUCUCAUAUCGUAAGUACUCAUUAAUCCCAUAUCAUGAUAGCUUCUCCAAAACAAAGCUUCUUGGUGAGCGUAGCACUUUCUUUGCGUUAGAUACAGCUGUGACACGAGGCGUAGAGGGUGGGAGGCACGCAGCGGGGGGACACCAAAUGAAAGAAUACAAAUUGGGUAUAGCUCGCUCAUUUUGGUUCCAUAACUGAUCGUACAGUGAGCUACAGUAGCAGGAUGCCACUAGCAUUGUUUAUUAGCAGGCAGUGGCAUAGCUAGUGUUGGUGUCGCCCAGUGCGGUAAACUCAUGGUGUCACCCCACUCCUCCUGAAUUCUACUAUGGGUUUCUUCUUUUUAAAAUAAGUCAACAGUAAAUAAAUGACAAGAAAAAAACAACAAAUUAAUUGAAGGAAGUAAAUGUAUUCAAGAACUGUAACAAAGAAAGUUAUAAUGAUGUUUACACUAAAUUUAUAUUUAUUUAAAGUUCUUCGUUCCUGAUCUUCAAAGAUGCAAACCUGUUGAUCACUUCAUCAAAAUCAAUAUCUUUCACCAUAUCACAUAAAAGUUCGUCUUUUGAUAAAUCAUCAUAGAAAGAGAUUAAUUUUUGAACGGACUGCAAUAACUCUUCUUCACUUGCUCAUAGUAGACUCUUAUUUGAACAGCCUCAAACAUAUCUGCCAUUUCCUUGAGCGUUGACGAUCUGAUCUGGAGGUAAAAAUGAAAGCAAUCAAAUAAACUCCAGCAUCUCCCUACUUAUUUCUUCUCGCAGAGUUCAGAAUCUAUUGAUUGUUUUCCUGCCAAUCGCUUCUUUAAACUUUAAUCUUCUCUGUUUAUUAUUAUUUAUUUAUUUAUGUUUUGAAUUUUUUUUUUAAAUAACGAAUCGGAGUUAUGUUUAGAGAAUAUUUGAUUGCUUGAGGUUUUUUUGGCCAUAAUGAUAACAUUAUGUGCCUCAGACAAAAACAUUUUCAUGUUAAAUCUGUGUACAAAAAGUAGGUAAGUAUUUUAAAAAUUAAGAACCAGAAUUAAUGUGAUCUAACGAUUUAUUCUUUUUUUUAAUGAUUUUUUUUUUUAAUUUGAGCACUAUCUCAGAUUACACUUCCACCGUUAUCUCUUAAUUACUAUGUAUAACUUGUAGGUGCUUCGGGAACAUCACCUGCGUGCGUAUUGGAAAAUUGUACAGAGGUGUGCGACCACUUCAAUGAAACAGGAGAUCACUGUUAUUGUCCUUUUGGGGCAGAUUUAAAUGGAAACCAAUGCCAAAGUAAGUCAAACGCAGUUAAACAAUGUAACGUAAUCUUCUGCCCAAUGGCAUAUUUGGUCCAUUUAGUCUUAAUCCAUUCAAAACCAAAAUGUUUGAGAAUUGUCCAAAUUUAGACAUUUUUUUAGGUUGUCAAGAAAGCGUUUGAGAAUUGUCCAAAUUAAGACGUGUUUUAGGAUGUCAAGAAAGAGUUUGAGCAUUGUCCAAAUUUAGACGUGUCCUAUGCUCCCAAGUAACUUCCUUAAGGCAUCAAUUUACCUGAGGCUUCUCAAGAAUUUACCACAUGUCAGAGUCCUUUGAUGCACGGCAUCGACAUCCCUCUCAUAAUUUAGGACCAUAUGUUUCAAUUUGUUUUUCCAAUGCUGUUCUAAUGAUUUGCAGUGAAAUAAGUGAAACGUAGCUUUUUCGCCCAUAUGGUCAGCUUAUGGCGAAUUUUUGGUUGCUGCAAUCGGGUGUAUGGGUGUCUAGGUAAAAUGUUUAUGCGUGCAUAAGAAGUUCGAAAGUCACCAUCGUAAGAAAUGUAUUUUGGAAAACCAAUUUAUCGUUGUGAUCUUGUCAAGUCUUAAAUCUGAUCGUUGUAUUUUUUUUUCAAUAUUCCAUUGUAUCAUUUUAUGUUAUCAUUUUAGAGUGCAGCAAUGGAACUCUUGUAUCCGACUGUCCUCUCGAUUGCCCAUGUGUAAAAAACCAAACAGAACUGAGUAACCCCGUAACUGGCCAGUGUCUUUGUUUGCCAGGCUGGGCAUCGGAAGAUUGCUCGCAAGAUAUUGAUGAAUGCUAUUUUGAAUUGGACUCAUGUCCAACAUAUUCCUCUUGCAGCAAUCUCCCUGGUGGUUAUGAUUGCAUUUGCGACAGAAAUAUGGGUGUUGAGAAUGUUGAUCACAGGACAUGCAAAGAAAGGGGUAAGUUAACAUUGUCUGUGGAGACAAGUAAAUUUCAAUAUGUAGAAACAAUGCUUAUGCCAAAACUUUUAAUUUACCUUCUAACUACUGUAUUGGAUCUCCUCAUAGACAUAAUUGACUCAUGGAUGAGUAGAAUUUUUUUUUAAUCUAUGAAUGUAUAGAUGGUAUCAAAAUGUAAAUAUCUAUAUCGUUGUUUAAUAUAUAUAUAUAUAUAUAUAUAUAUAUAUAUAUAUAUAAACUUGAACAUAUGAUCGGGUUUACAGUUACGAUUUUGAAUGUCUUUGAAAUUUAUAUUUAGAAAACUGUAAAGAAGACUUCCGUUAUUUUAAAAUAAAAAUUUAUGCAUAGAUGUUUACGUUUUUUCUCAUCAUUGUGAUUUGAGUAUUGUAAAUAAUAUAGGAAAACACAAACUUUUGUCACGCCCAUGAACAACACAGAAAAAAAAAAUCUAUUUUUUUUUCCCCUUAAUUUUAUUUAAAAUGUCGAAUUUUAAACAUCUGUAGAAUUAAUGGAUUUUUAUAAUUUGCACCCAACCUCAAUCUCGCUCCUGAACUACAUUAUUAGAAUAAUGUCAAAACAGAAUUCUUACAUUUAUUUCUCUUAUCCAAUUAUUACAAUUGAACUUUUUCUUUUAAAGUACAUUAUCAAUCUUAUAUGGCACUACAUUGUAUUUUGCGCAAAAUGGAAAAAACUUUUUUAUUUCCCUAUAUUUAAAGAAAAUCUUAAUACCCAUUUGUUUCCUCCCCUGGAUUGUAUUUUCGGCUAAUAAACAAAAUAUACAUACUUUUAACGACUCAAUUUUCACGCCUGUAAAACUGUAUGGUUAUUUAAUAUUUGUAUCCAUACAAAAAAUGUCUCCAAUCUGGUUCUUUCACAUACUAUAAACAUAUUGAAAACCUCAUAAAAACGUGCCCACCCUUUAUCCUCGCCAUAAAGUGCACAUCUGAAAAGAUGGAAAAGUUGCUACGCCCUUAGUUUUAAAGAAAACCAUAUCCACUAUGUUGUUCCCCUUUCCAAUUUUUCUGCAUUUUCAGGCAUGGUUGUACUAAGAAAUGUGUGCACAAUGUGUCAUAGCCAUUGAACCGCAUUUUCCGGCAUAAUUGUAGCACGUAUUAAAUUUAUUUUGAAAGAAAAUUUAAAACCUAUUUUUCAAGACUAUAGUUUUAUCGGAUUGUUUUAACAUCUUGAUGUUCACACGCAAACCAACUCAUCAGGGUCGGCGCUAGGGGAUGGCGAAGUGGGCGUGGGGACCCCGCACGUUGCCGUAGUAUAUUUAUAAUAUACCAAAAUAGCAAGGAAGGUUUUAAAACUAUUUAUAUACCGAUUUCCAAAAUGUGUUCUAUAUGAAUUUCGAGAUAUUGCUAUACUUUUCAAAUGCAUCACCCAUUCUUUGGCGUGCCUUAUUUUCCUUUUUAAAAUUAAAAAAGAAAAUCACAGCCAGCUCCCCCAAAACCCAAAUAUUUCAUUAUUUUUUGUAAUCCUAUUUACCCCAUUAUAACGUCAUAGCGCAAUUUUGCCCAAACCUGAAUUAUAUUAUUUUAUUUCUCAAACCCGUUUUACAACGCAAUGAUAAUCUUUUUCUUUAAAAAAAAAAAUUACUUCAUAGCUUAUUUUCAUAUAAUUAAAUAAUAUGUUUGUCUCUUGCAUAUGCUUUUUGUAGGUUCGUUUGUGAGUUUGUGGUCAAGUUUUGCAUCUGAAGUACGACCCACUUCCUGACCUCCAAUUGAGCAAAUUGUGUACUCUUACCACCACCAUGACCCCCUCCCCUUUUCCGAUGACAAUAUAACCUUUCAUGAUCAGUAGGUCCCCAGUGACCUCCAAUUACACAAUGGGUUUUGGACACACCUUAAAUCAAUGUUCUAGUAAAUUAGAGUGAUACAUCUCCCUAGACUAAACGCAGAAAAUAAAACAAUGUGAAAAAUAAUUUAAUACAAACACGCUUUUCCACAAAUGUACUAAAAGUAUGAAAUAAAUUUCCCUCAAAACUUCAGAGUUGUUAAAAAAAGUCAUAUGGCAAACAAAAAAAAAAAAAAAAGGGGGGGGGUGGGGGGGCUUCCAUCAACUCAACGUUCUUUGCAUAUCGCAAUGAUAUGGACACGGCGGUAUGUCUAAUUUCAUUCCACUUGUCAAGAUUGCAAUCGACUGGAGCAUACAACAGUAUGCCAGGAAGUAUACAACAGUAUGCCAGGAAGUAUACAACAGUAUGCCAGGAAGUAUACAACAAUAUGCCAGGAAGUAUACAACAGUAUGCCAGGAAGUAUACAACAGUAUGCCAGGAAGUAUACAACAGUAUGCCAGGAAGUAUACAACAGUAUGCCAGGAAGUAUACAACAGUAUGCCAGGAAGUUGUGAGAACUCAUUAUUUUCAUGAUUAAAUAAAAGCGUAAUAGAUGUGUCACUAACACUUAUUUUUAGCAAUUCAAACGUACACGUCUGCCCAACAUUGUAUUUGUUGAUGUACUCAAUGUGUAUGUCAACGUCUUGUUUUCGUUAGUCAUAUAAGUGUAACAACUCUGAAAUUGUGUACGUUUUAGUACAUAUUUUGAAAGCAAUUUUUAAUUUUUUUAAUUUUGCCUUAUUUAAAUUUAAAUUAAUACCAAGGCUCAAUAUGACGUAAUCGUGUGCGGAGAUGCUGGUAUUUAAAUGUAUACCCCCCAUCCCCUUUUACCAAAUUUUCAGCGCCCUUGACACGUAAAAAUAUAAAACUCUUCGAAAACAUUUCAAACAUGUAUAGUUUCUAUUUAUUUAUUUUCUGGAAAUAUUGAAAACUGUUGCAUCAUCAUAAUUUUAACCAAUUAAGCUAUACUUGUUUGUUUGAUUAAUACAGUAAUUAAUUUAUAAUGAAUAAAUCUGGAACCAGUGUAAUUGGUGCAAUUUCUAAAAUCUUCCACCGGUUGGCUAAACUGGAAAAAAAAUAAUUGGGAAACGUUGGGGUAGACUUCGCAGGACGAACUAACAAAACAUGGGCUUUGUCGUUAGGAUGAUAAGCGUGUUCUCUUGACAUCAAAUCACCUAUCUACACGCACCUGGGUAGCCCAUGUGAACAUCCUGUGUGUAUGAUAAAGCCUGGCACCAGUAGCGUCGCGGGGAAUUUUCAUUAUGUCAGUGUGAUACCGCCUACAGGACUCCUUCUCCAGGUUUCAAUUAUUUAAAAUGUUCCUUUUCUUAGGUGAGUUGCUCCAUCCACCCGGAUGUUUAUGCUUUAGGUUUUUGCAAGGGGUUUUUAAAUGUAAAGUGUAAAAAGUUGCAUAUGACACAUUUCAUCUACAGAAUGUAACCAAGUGCUAACAAAUUUAACAGGGACUUUCACCACUCCUAACUAUCCUAACAGCUACUAUAAUCGUGCGAAGUGUACUUGGCUGAUCUCAGGUACAGAAGGAGACAUUAUCACUGUGAGGUAUGAUAUUACUAAAUUAAUUUCAAUUAGUAUAGGAAGGAAAAAUAAUAACAUCGAUGUUUGACUACGUAUAAUAGCUGAUUUUUGUGAUUCAAAAAAUUACUUAAAAUGCCUUACGUUUUUAAAACGUCCUGGUUUAAAAUAUAUAAAUUCAUCAGAAUGUUAUUGCUGCUCUCUGUUUAUAAAACAAAUUUCAGGUUGGAAGAUUUCAGCUUUCAAAAUGGUCCAGACUACGUAAUAUUUUACAAUGGUAACAGUACAAAUGCGAAUAUCAUUAGUCGAUUUUCCGGCUAUGUUGUAACACCACGGCUCGUCAGAUCCAGUGGUGACAAAAUGUUUAUCACCUUCAUAUCAGACAGUUCUUCAACAACCAGGGGUUUCAGGGCCUCUUAUAAUUCACAUCGUAAGUUGGUUAGUUUUAAGUUUAUGAGAUGUUUUAAUACAAGCAUUAACUGAUAAACAUAGGUGCUAGUGAUCUGAUGACAUGUUACUAUGUUACUUUUAAUAAAUCGGUCCUUUAAUUUGCAUGUUUGAUUCAUUUAUUCGAAGCUUAUGAGGAUCAGAUCUUGCAUUGAUUAACACAACAUGGUAACUAAGAAGAGGCAGUGGGAAUUUUAGAUAACAAGCAAACUUGAUUGCUUUUAUUUGAAAUAUUUUUUAAAAAAUGAAAUUAUGUCAUUAACUUCUUUUAACUAGCUUGCAGAAACUUCACAUUCGGUGAAAACUGCACUGAGUACUGCCACUGUAACAGGGAACAUACCCAGUUCUGUCACAACAUCAAAGGCGAGUGUUUGUGCAAGACGGGUUGGAAAGGGAACACGUGUUCUGAUGACGUCGACGAAUGCCAAGGGACCAAUAUCAAACUGUGUCCGCCCAACUCGGACUGUCACAACACACCAGGAAGUUACGAGUGCAGAUGUCAUCGUGGGUUUCUGAAGCAUAUCGUUACUCAGGAGUGUGAUGGUAAAUUCAUAUUUUGAUAUGUUGAGCAGUUUUUCAAAACAGGAAAAUAACCAAAUACCUUAAUUUAAGCAAAUGAAAUUUAAGUAAUUAUACUCUUUAGAUUAAAAAUAUAAACUUUGUUAUCAAAUAAAUUGACCCGCACAAUCUAGAUGUGCUUUUCACUAAAGGACGGUGCUGGAUCUACUGAUAAUGAAAGUUAUAACUUAAUGUCCAACGUUUUUUCGGAAAAGAUAUCGUAGACUCAGUAGCACUCGGGGCAGCAAUAGCCAUCGUUUGCUGGUGGGCGGUCAGUAGACUGAUUUUGCGUUUGCUCAUCUCUUGAUUUCAUCUGGUUAGUUAAGUUUGGGACGUAUUUCUAAGUCGGUGACAAUGAGCAUCGUUAGGAAUGAGCUAGUUAUUUUAAAAGGACAGCAGUAUUUGGGGAAAACGAUUAUCUCCCAUGUAAGAAACAUAUAGGCCUAAUGGCCUAAUGUUGCUGUCUUGAGAUGUUUUGGUAUAUUCCUUUAAUUACAAUUAUUACAGUAGCUCUCCAUCAUGCUUUAACACCAAAUUAAGAUUCAUCAAAGGAAGUGCGACCCCUAAAUAAAAAGUCUUUUUUUUUUUUUUUGUAGCAUUAUAAUUCGUUUAUUAUGGUUAAACAUAGAAACCGCUAUUCAAAUGACAUUUAACAAAUAUUUCUUAACAUAAAAUUAAAAUUAUUCAACCAUUCUUGCUGAUGAUUUUUACAUUUUUUCCUCAGUUCUUUCAAGCUAUCAAAAGAUCACUAACUACCUUCUGAACUUAUUUGUUUAAAAAUGCACUUUUUUCCUUGCCCUUUUUUUUUUCAGCGUAUGAUGGUUGCUAUGACAAAAAAUGCUCCCAUGCUUGCGACAAUGUCAAUGACGUAGAACAGUGCACUUGCCCUGAUGGGUUUGUGCUUGAUGUCUCUGGACUGGUCUGUGUUGGUGAGUUGAUGAUUUAUUUUUAUUUUUGAGCAUGGUAUAUGGAAAUGUUGAACACUAUAAAUAUAAAAAAAAAUUUAAUAAAUGAAAUAAGCCUUUGUGCAUCAUGGCAAGUAUCUGAAAUACAUUUUAGAAACUAAUUCAUAUUAAUAAUGAUUAAGAUUUUAUGCCCAGUUAGAUGACUGAUGAUAUUUUAUAGUGUAUUAACUAUUUAUUUAGGCCCUAUAGCUCUUAUUUUAAAUCAUUAUUUUUUGGGUGAGAGGGGCUUUAAGCAGAGUCGUUGCGUGAUUUUUGGGAAACCCCAGGCACUUUUCAGUUUUAUAACCUUGUAUUUAAAGUUAAUAGUCAUAAUCAUGUGCACCUUACAUAUACUAGGUCCAUGCAACAGCUCUUGUGUGUGACUUUUUGAUGGCCCUCUGAAUUUAUUUUUUUUUUGGUUUAUUUAUUCAAAGCAAAUGAAAAAGGCUUAUUAAAUUUUUUCCUAGCCAUAACUUUAAGAAAUUUAAAUCUUAAGUGCUCCAGCAGCCGAAGGUCAUAUACAAAUUUUGGACUGUACUUAAAAUGAUUUUGGUUAAUAAUUGCAGUUCCUUAUUACCCAUAUGGACAAGAAUCUAACGACAAUAUACUAAGCUCUGAGAAAUAUGGUCAGAAACUGAAUCAAGGAACCAUAUUAGUUAGCACAUCUAUUUACUUGACCAAUGGAGCACCUUUUGGGAAAUCUGAAAAAUUGAUCAAUGUAGUUUUUGUAAGUACAUUAAUGAAGGGUAUAUAAGUAUUACACAUCUGCAUUAUUAUUUCUACUAGUACCACUGUAACAAUGCUAAUAUUAAGAAUUAGGAGACAAAUAGGCCUACACUUGUUUUUAAAAUACUAUCAACAAGGAUAUUAUUCAUUAUGAGUUCAUGUGUAUCAUAUAUUAUAUUGUUACCAUGAUUGGCAGAUUUUUGUAAGUUAAGUUUGGUAUUAACAUCAACUGUAUUUAAAUGUUUUUGACAAAUAUUAAAAUGAUAUUUAAUAGAAUGGUACGCUAAAAGACAAAAUUUUUAAAAAUGUAAAUAACUAAUUUUCCAAAUAAUUAUUGAAUAACUGAGCAAUGCAUAUUUCAGGUAAUGAGCAAUGGCCUAAUAGCACUUGGUGAAGAAAGUAAAGAAAUCUCUGGUAGUCCUAAUCUGCCCUAUGCCUCAUCUAAAGAAAAGAAAAUUGUAGCACCAUUUUGGGCAGAUAUUGAUCCAAAUUCAGGUAUAAUUAAUAAGCUAUAUUUAGCUGGUUAAGUUUUUAAUUUUUUUUUAAUAGAAUUAAAAAUUUAAUUGAUUGAUUUUUCCAUAUUCUUUGCUGAAAGUAAUUUGAGCUUGUUGAAAGCAUCUUAAGUAGAAAUAUUUUAUUAAUUUUUUUCUGUAAAGGAAAGCUCUUAUUUUGUUAAAAAUAAUCAUUGUUUUAUCCUCAAAUCAAAAUUUUUUAAAAAUUUUAUGAUAACCUUGAAUUUUCAACAAAUAAUUUUUAUUGUCAGGCCAUGUCAAUUACCACCUGUAUGAAAAGUGUGGACAGUCUCUUUUUGAUGGAAUGAAUGAUGAUGAGAAUUCACCAUCUAAGGCUGAAGUUAUGACCCGUGCAAGCCAAGAUGUUAUUAAGUAUUACAAUUUACCUGGUUUUGAAGUGGACUCAGCUUUGGUUGUCACAUGGGUGGGGGUCCAGCAUUUUUCACAGGUCAGUGAUGUCAGUUUGAAUAAAAAUAUAGGUUUUACUGAACAAGUAGUCACAUUUUCUUACACAUAGGCCUACAACAAGCCCUAACUGCUGACUCAAGUGGGAAUUUCAUAAUGAUUAGCCCUGAUGCACAAAUAAUGAAGUAACCACCUAGAUUUAGUCUCAUAAUUUUCCAUUCAUGUUGUUAAUGUCUUGACAUUGAUGCUUUAGUUAAGUAUUUAUGCUUUGUGUGUAUAAUAAUUUAAAAGUUACAAAUUAUUAAUAAGAAAUUUAGUCGUCCGAAUGAUUAAAACAUCAGAAUACUAUAUGGGUGUUUAGUUAUAAAGCUAUAGGUAGCAUUUAGUUAAAAUGGCCUCAGACAUGUAUCACAUCCAUUCACACCUGGGUCCCAUUAGACCAAUACUAUUGGGAUGUCAUUUUUGAUAGUUUAUUUUAGUUAAACUAAAGAAGUAAGUUUACAAACACAUAGUCCAAUUAUCUUUCAUUUUAUACCUUAUUUUGUCUUACAAACCCAACAAUAAUAUUUGAAAUGGUUUUUUCAUCCCAACCUCUCACUUCUGGUACCCGGUUGCAAAUAUUCGCAGCCUUUAAAAAAUUAAUUACUCAAUUAUCAGCAAUAUGCCUAAAUAAUUAAUUUUGAAUUUAUUUUUUAGUUAUUGAUUUGAAUUUUUUUUUAAAAACUAGGACAACUAAUUCAUAUUUAUGUUCUGAUCACAAAAUAUAUUUUAAUUAUGAGAUAAGGAUAGGCCUACAAAAAUGAUAAAUGAAACAAUAAUAAUCAUUACAGAACUUAGAAAGCAACACAUUUCAAGCAGUUUUUAUUAGUGGCUGGAAGAAAGAUUUCCAGAAAGGGAGAGAGAUUUUGUCAGGUAAGUGGAUAGUCAUAGAAAUCAUUUAGACAUUACAUUACAAAAUUAUGUUGUGAUCAUAACAAUAGUUCAAUCAAAGCCAGCAGUAAUGUUAGCAUUGAUCAGUAAAAGAGAACCAACAACAGUAAGAGUAUGAUAUUCAUUAUUUCUAGCAGAAAGAGAAACAAAUUUUACAGAACAGCAUACAACCUCACGUAUGACUUGCAAUUCUCAUUAUUACUUAUUUUUAAAUAUUUAAAUGGUGUUUUUUUUUGUUUUUAACUGUAUUAAUAAUUCAUUAUCUUUUUAUAGAAGACGAGACGUCCUAUGUAAUAUUCUUGUACCAACAAGGACAGAUGAACUGGACUUACGUAGCUGGCAGACUCAUCAAUAUUGGUUUUACUGGGAACAUCAUGCCUGACACUGACUCAGCUUUUGUCAGCACACUUGACAAAGUGAAAGGCAACACAGGUGAAUAUGUUACCAAUGUUUUAUUUUCUCAACAGCUAACAAUAUACUCUAUAGAUUAUUUAUUCUUCUUCUAUAUUAUGAAGGCCCAUGAUCAAUGUAUUAAUAAUGUGUGGCAUAAGCCUACCUUUCUAAAACUAAUAUGAUAAUAUUUUUUAGUUUACUACUUUAAAAAAAAAAAAAAAAAAUUUUAAAAGAUUACCUUAAAUAUAUGAUUAUUUUAUGUUACAUGAUCUUAAAUCUGUUGCUUACCAUAAAGAAUUUCUUAUUUAAUUAAACCGUUUUUUUUUCUUCUUGUUUUUCAGGCUAUAAUGGUGUCUUUACAUACCAAACUGGAAGAUCCAACAGUUCAUUACAAAAAUGCCAUAGAUAUACUUGCAAUAAUGUACCUCUGCUGAGUGAUCUUGUAUAUGAAAAUGAAAAGAGAGCUCUAUACAAGUGCCCAUGCACAAUUGAAAGGCUGGGACACCAAUGGCAACUGUUUGAAACUCGUGGAACAAAUCAAGAUAUUAAAUGCUAUGCUAUCAGCAAUAUUGCGAAGAACAGAUUUUUACCAGGCAAUACAAGAAACAAAGUAAAAUUUUGUUUUUAUAUUAUACUUUAUGCCCUACUUUAAAUCUAAUGUUUCGACGUGUAAAAGAACUAUUGUCUAAAUUAUCUUUCUGCACAACAUGGUGCUUUCAAUAACAUGAUCAGCAGAGAUGAUUACUUUUUUUUUACAUAUUUCUAACAAUGUAUAGAAAAGUUUUACAAAAUAAUGCUUUUUAUUUAUAACAUGACAUAAUUCAAUAAAAAUUUAUUUUUAUUAUUCAAGCUGUGUUGCUACAAAACUGGUAAACCACAAAAUCCUAAUGACUGGAGAGAUGUGGAACAAACAAGGAGAGCUGCAUCAUAUGUCCCAGCUUCACCAGAGUCUGGACAUGUAUUGAUUUAUGAGCCAUGGCAAGGGUACUACUACAACGUUGGUGCAACACAGGAAAACAUUGAAGCUCAUACAACAUGCUGUGCAAAAUCUACCAAAGAAUUAUGUGACAGAUUUUAUAAAAUAUUUCCCGACAUGGGCUGCACAGACUUUGUUGUCUUUGUGACUGGUCAGACAAUUGACAAUAUAUUUUUAUAUUAUUUUAAAUAAAAAAGCAAACUAACCCAUCAAUAAAGCUGUCUUUCAAAUUUGUUAAUUCUAAAAAAAAACAAAAAAAACAAUAAUACUUUCAUUUUAUUUUGAAAACAAAACAAAGAAGCUAAUGCAUUAAAAUUUUUAUUAAAAUUUGAAUCUAGGUACUUGUAAUUUUAGUUUUCAAUUUUGGAUUGUGUAUGAACACCUUAAAAUAUUAAAAUAGAUAAAUACUUAGUAUUUUUGUUUUAAUUUUUUUAUUGAUGCUUUAAAAAUAUUAUUUUUGCUCACUUAAAGGGAGUAAUGUUUUUUUGACAAGGCAGCCAAGUUUAAAAAAUCAUAAAAACAUUUGAUUAUGUGAACUAGAAGUUGUUGAAAUGUCUAAUUACCUUUUUUUUUUCAUCUACAGCUUCAGCUCUUGGUGACCCUCACAUUACUACACUAGAUGGGGUGACUUACACAAUGAAUGGAUGGGGAGAAUACAUCUUGAUGGAUAUCAAAUCAAAGAAUUUUACACUACAGGUAAUACUUUUUAUAUUUCAAUACAAAUUUACUGGUUGAAUGAGUGGCAAGAUUUAUACAUAAUUACAUUUGAUGGUUGAGUAUUUAUUUCAAACAAAGAAAUUCUAUAAAUGUUGUAAAGCAUCUUUGCCUUUCAGGCCAGAACAAGUAGAGUUGAAACCAGCAAAGGAACAACAACUAAUGCUACUGUGUUUACAUCAUUUGCUGCCAAGGAAACGGGAUAUGCUCACUUUCAAGUUGAUCUAGGAAUUAACAAUAAAAGUUAGUCUAGUAUAAAAAUGUGCCCGUUUCAUAUCAUAUAGUAUAUAAAAACUAAAUGCUUAAAAUCUACAUUUUUAUAAGUCACAAUUGUAAUAUUAUAUAAUUUAAUUACAAUGAGCCAGAUACUGAAUUACAUUAUUUGUUAAAUAUCUUCGUUCUCACUCCCAAUGGAGUCCUCUUCCUGGGCUAUCUUGGCUAGUUAAGCCCAGCUUUUCUUCAUUCUCUUCACCUCUGUCUCUACUUCUCUCUUCCAUGUGGCACUUGGUCUUCCUCUUUUCUUGUUACCUUUAGGAUUCCAGUUGAGGGCCUGCCUUGGGAUGUUAGUGUUUGGUUUCCUUAAUGUGUGCCCUAUCCAUCUCUAUUUUCUCACUUUUAUCUCCGUUUCCACUGGAACACUAGAUGUUCUCUUCCGAAGGAUAGUGUUACAAAUUUUGUCAAACCAUCUUAUUUUGAGGAUCCUUCGCAAGCGUCUAUUUAUAAAAACCUGCAGUCUUUUAAAGUUUGUUUUUUUUGUUCUCUAAGUUUCACAGCCAUACAGAUGAGGUGCCUUGACAUUUGAGCUGAAUUUUUUUAACUUUGUUUUUGUUAGUAUUUCACUUGAGUUCCAGAUGUUUCGCAUGGCAUUGUAUGCUCCUCUGUCCUUUUGAACCUUAGAAUUUAUGUCCAUAUCUGUGGCACCAUUUUUAUUUAUGAUGCUUCCCAGGUAUGUAAAAGUCUCAACUACUUCAAGAGAGGGUCCUCUCAGGUUAAUCACAAUGACUCCAUAAUCCACUGCAUUUAUUCUUAAGGUCUUGGUUUUCCCUUUAGUUAUGCAAGUCCAACUUGUUGCGAUACAGAGUCAAGUUUUGUUGUUUUCUCCAUUUGUUUGUGGCUAUGUGAUAAAAGUGCAAUGUCAUCUGUAAAAUUCAAAUCCUCCAAUGGUCUGAAAGUGUCCACUGGAUUCCAUUUUUCCCAUCCGGUGUUGUUUCUCUCAUGAUCCAGUCAAUGGAUAACAGAAACAGAAAUAGUGAGAGCAGGCAUCCCCUUUAAACUUAAGAUUCAAUCAUAAAUUGGUUUGUUAGUUCACCUUCAUGUAUAACCCUGCAACUGAUAUCCUUGUAUGUGUUCUUUAUUAAGUUAGGGGAAUACUUUAAUGUCUUAGUAAUUUCCAGAGUAUAUCUCUGUCUAAGCUAUCAAAUACUUUUUCAAAAUUGACAAAAUUUAGGUACAAUGAUGCAUUCCACUCGAAGCACUGUUCCAUGAUUAUGCACAGUGUUGCUAUUUGGUCAGUACAUGAUCUGUUUUCUCUAAAACCUGUCUGUUCAUCUCUUAGUUUGGAGUCUAUCACAUUUUUUAUUCUCUGCUUAGUAAUUCUAUUUAGUAUUUUUCCUGGUACAGAAAGCAGCAUGAUUCCUAUUUAGUUUCUACACUCUUGGAGAUCUCCUUUCUUUAGAAGUUUGAACAAGUAUCUUUUUAUCCAUAACUCUUCUUUGUCCCAGAAAGUCACAAUUAACUGGUGAAGUAUGCUGGAUGAAAGUUCCAGAUCUUUCCUUAGUACUUUUGCAGGUAUUCCAUUGGCAACCUUUCCAUUUUUCAAUAGAUUAAUCACAUUUUUAUUUCUGUUCUGUUGGGUAAAUUAAAGUCAAUGAGGAUAACUUCUUCUGCAGGGAGAAUUUCAGGUGGUUCUUCUGGGCCUGGCCUGUUUAGUGGUUCUUCUGGACCUGGCCUGUUUAGUGGUUCUUCUGGGCCUGGCCUGUUUAGUGGUUCUUCUGGGCCUGGCCUGUUUAGUGGUUCUUCUGGGCCUGGCCUGUUUAGUGGUGCUUUGAAAUAUUCUAGGCAUUGCUUUUGUUCUUCUCUGUUGGUUAGUUUUUUCCCCAAUUUGUCUUUGAUUGGCCUGCUUUGCUGAUGAAACUUUCCUGUCAGCCUCUUUAUUGUAUUGUACAGGUCACCUAUGUUACCUUUUGAUGCAGCCUCUUCAGCCUCCUUAGCAAAGUCAUCAAUAAAUCUCCUUUUAUGUAUUCUGAUGUUCUUUUUAACUACUUUAUUUGCAUUUGUCUAGUUACCAAAAGCAGUGACUAUUGAUGCUCUUGUUUGGCUUUCUAAAUAAAUUAUCAUUUUUCUUUUCUUCUCUUUCAUUUUGUAUAUUGUUUCUUUUGAGAACCACUACCUGUGUUAAUAUUCUUUCUUCCCUAAUACUUCUUUGCAUGUGUUCAUCCAAAUCUCUCUAAUAUGUUGCAAUUGUUCUUCUAUGUCUUCAGUUAUGCUAUGUUGCAGAGCUUUAAAUCUGUUUCUUAGGGUGAUUCUAAACACUUCUUCUUUUCUGGAUCUUUAAGGAAAUCUGUUUUAUAGCACUGUCAUUUCUUUUGGAUGGUGUUCUGUCUUUUUAAUUUCAGCAUUACUUUCACUGUCAUCAAGUUGUGGUCAGACGAAACGUUUGCUCCACUGUAGGCUCUAACAUCUUGCAGUGAGUGUCUGAACUUUUUAUUGAUACAUUGACAUAUGUGAUCAAUCUGGUUUUGGGUCUCUUGGUCUAGUGAUAUCCAGGUCACCUUAUGGAUCUUCUUGUGUGGAAAUAUGCUUCCUCCUAUUACCAGGCAAUUAUUUGCAUUAAAUUCUGCAAACAUAUCUCCACUAUCAUUCAUGUUUCCUAAUCCGUGUCUUCCGAUUACUUCCUCAUAGCCCAUAUUAAUGUUCAUAUCCUUGUCUCUCACACUUGAAAUGACAUUCUAAAGUUUUUUUUAUAGAACUUGUCUUUUAUUGUCUCCUCUUUGUCAUUUUUUGAUGCAUAAAUUUGAAUGACGUUUAGGCUGAUGUCUUUCUUGAAAUUUCUUAAGACUGCUCUUGUUAUCCUGGGUCCCUGAGGCUGCCAUUCAAUCAGAGCCUUCUUUGCAGUAGAUGACAGUAUCAAGGCUCAUUCACUGUGUAGUGCAUCUUCUUCUUCAUGACCAGAGUAUAAAAUGGACUCUCCCGAUGUUAGUUCAGUAGAUCCAUUUCCUUGCAUGUGUUAAAUAUACAUAUUUUAUGUAUUUCCAUUAAAACUCUUUACAAACAAUUUUAUUCAACCUGCCAAAUCAAUUUUUCUACAGCCAUGGUGAUAUAUGCUAAUGGUGUGGACUUAACAAAUAAUUUUUACAAAGAUCCAGAAAAUGCUCCACUUCUAGAAGAAAUUGUUGUCACCAGGGAAGAUACUGCUAACAAGACUUUUGUAACAGCAUCAUUUCCCUGUGGUAAGUUCAUUUCUACUCUUCUUAAUAAUACAUAGAAUGAGUUCAUAUAAUAUGAUUGUAAUAAAUUUAUAAUGAUUCAAAAAAUCAAUUAUUUCAUUACAUUGUUUAAUGUUACACACCAAAGUCUAUUGUAUUAAGUAGCAUAAAUUGAAAUGAUAAGUAAAUAAUUGUCAUAUUUGAAUCUUUAGGUGUCUCCAUCAAGGUAUCUGUAGGUGUUAAGAGCCUGGAUAUAGAGCUGCAAAUAGAUAGAAGCCUUGAAAAUAAAACUUUGGGGCUGCUUGGAAACUUCAACAGAAACAAAUCGGAUGAAUUUACCCUUCCAAAUGGAGUUGUGCUUCCAAGCAAUAUGUCCGAAAGAGAGAUAUUUUAUUCAUUUGCAAAGGAAUGUAAGAUCUGAAUGGAUGAUUUUUGUAUUUUAUGAAUGUUGUUUUUAUUUCCUUUUAUCAAAUAUUAACAAUAUUUUAAGUCUUUUCUUUCUUUCUUGGGUUUUAAAGAUUUAUAUGUUGUCCUUUUGACAUUUCCUUGUUCAUUUCUUAGAUAUCUCUUCUCCUGUAUUAUGUUUUAAAAAUGAUUAUCUUACUCAAGUCUCUUUUGCAUGCAACCUAGUUUCUUGCACUUGAGUCAAUGUAAUUUUUAAUUUUUUUUGGUACAGUGUUGUCUGAACAUGUCUGUACCAUACACUUUUAUGUAAUUUUAUCUAAAUUAUUUUACAGGGGAAGUAACAGCACAGAAUACAGUUUUUGUGUAUGGAAAAAGAGAAAACUCUAGCACCUACCAACAUUCAGACUUUGUUCCAAUGUUUGGAGAUGAAGCUUCCCCCGAAACAGUGGCUAUGGCAGAAGCUAUUUGUGGUGGAAACAACACAGCUUGUGUUAUUGAUUUUAUGAUUACCAACAAUGCUGAAUUUGCAAUGAGCACCAAAGAAUCUUCUCUAAAAUUUGAGUCUCUCAUAACACACUUAGGUACAGUGGGUUGAAUUUCUUGAAAAGAUUUAACGUGAUUAAUAUUUUUAAUACAUUGAUAAUUGGGAUCAACAACCUUAAAAAAAUCUUGAAAGUAAAUCAACUAUAAUUUCUAUAACCUUUUAACCUGUUUUUUGGAUAUGCUAUUUAAGAAUUAAUCUUUGUCUUUUUAAAGCUAUUCCAAUUAUGUAAUGAUUUACUAAUACUAUAGAAAAUGCUAAUUGUGUUUUUUUUUAACCAAACAUGUAUUUCUGUCAUAAAAUUUAGUUUGAUAUCCUUCUCAUUAACAAUUUUAAACAUUUAAGGUUAACUGAUAAAAUUUUAUUUUCAUUUACAUUUCUUCUCUCUUAGAUAACAGCCCACCAGAAUUGUCUUUGAAAAAUGAAAGUUUAAAUUCCUUUGGCCAUUGGGUGGUCAGUCAUGGAAAAAGUGCCACUCUUGAAGUUGUUACCCAAGAUAAUGAUGGAGAUGAAGUCUUUAUUGAAACAGUAGAAACUCCAGCAGAGUUUAUUGUAUCGGAAAAUAAUAUAAUAUAUUCAGCUGAUGUUUCAAGGCCUACAAAAUUGGGGUAUCCAGAGACAUAUUUAUUUUUACAGAAAAUCUUGAAAAUAUUGGAAUUACUUAUUUUUAAAUAUAUAAGCCUUAACCAGCAAAAUACUUUAAAGAAUAUAAUAUUUAUGCAUAUUAAGCAAAUUUUCAUAAUCAGAUCAUUUAAAAAGAUAUUUUUUUUUAAAAAUGGUUUUCACUGUAGUUAUUUAUUAAAAAUCCAAUUCACAUUUUUUCAUAACAUUCUUCUUGCACUUCCUGUGAUGACAAUUUAAACAAAGCUAUAAAUGAUUUUCUGUUUCAGAAUCACAAACUGUUUAGGCAUUAAAAAUAAAGAGAAAAAAUAUUUUAAUUAAUUUACGAAUAUUAAUUGGAGAAUAAUGACAUUUUCUAACUUAAUUUUUUUUUAAAUAAAGCGUAAGAGCUAAAGAUUCCAAGGGUGCAUACAGCCCUAUUGUCUAUGUGACUAUUGCUGUAUGUACUGGCUGUAAUGAACAUGGGGUGUGCACCAACAACACAAGGAACACAGGAUCUAGUGAUGGCUAUUUUCAGAUUUUUAAAUGCAACUGUUUCCCUGCAUAUACAGGUAUUAACAAAACAAAUAGCCAUCUCCUGUAUACUAUUUCUAACUUAUAUCUUUGUGUGUUACAUAUUAAAUGAAGCUGACUUGAAAUUCUCAUGUGACAUGAUUCACUUGAAGAAAUUUUAUACAAAACGAAAAAUGCGUAAUGUUUCAGAGGUAUGUCAUUUAAGUCCUUAACAGAUCAAUCAAAUAGCCUGUUUUAUUAUUAGUGAUGUAUCUGUAUGUGGUGCAGAAAAUGAUAAACUCAAUAAAUGUGUUUUUUACUGGCUUUUUCACAUAAUUUUAAUGCUUGAUUUUAGAGAAAAAAUGACAUUGUACUUCUUUUAGUGAAGUUUUGAAACAAGGAUAUGUCAAAUCACAUCAUUUUUAAAUGAAAAUAUGCCAUGCAAAGAAAAAAAUUAAUAAUUUUAAAAAUUAGAAAGAAGCAUAAUUAAAAACCACAUUUUCCCCAAGAAAUUAUGUGAAUUAAUUUAUAUUUGAUAUUUUAUUGACCACUUAGUGUUUACAGACUUAACUUUUUUUUUUCAUUUAUUUUCUUUUUUAAAAAAUAACAUUGGUUUAUUUUUUAUUUUAUUUGCUAAUGUAGUAUGUUUAUGUUUAUAAUAUCUAAAAUUAAAGAUAGCAUAUUGCAUCCAUUCAUUUAAAAAAGAACAGAGUUGAUUUAUUACAGGUGCUAAAAGUAGUUGUUUCAAUCAAAAAGGGAAUAAGGACAAAUUUACAUAUUUUUAUAUAUGAAGGCUUACUGUUCAUUGUUUUAAAUGUUAUCAUAUGUAAAAUAAGUAUUAAAAAUUAGGGCUGAUACCAAUUCAAACCAAAGUUUGCCUCAUUUAACAACAGCCUUAUAAUAUGCUUUUUUUUACGCAAGAUAACAUCUAAUAUUAUCUUCCAUCUCCAGGUGCUGACUGUGAGUCAGAGUUGGAUGCCUGUGCCAGUAAACCAUGUUCUGUAGGACAGGAAUGUACAGAUCUGACAGCAGCUGAGCAAGGGAAUAAUAUCACAGGAUAUUUGUGUGGUUCUUGCCCUAGUGGAUAUACAAAUUUAAAUGGAAAGUGUGUUGGUCAGUACACAUUUGCAUAAAACAUAUUCCAUCUUAAAAUGUGUAUUGAAUGAUUUUUUUUUAACAAUAGUAAAAAAUUUAUCAUGGAAUUAGAUUUAUUAAAAGAAUGUAUUUCUUGUAACUGAACAAACAUAUAUUUAGAACAAUACAAAGGAAAUUCAAUGUUAAUAUUUUUAGACAACAUUUGUAGUGAGAGACUCAAAAGUUGUGUACAUUUAAUGUAGGGAACAUGUUAAGAUAUAAUCAGAGAUUUAUAUGAAAAAGUGAUGUCAGUCUGUUUUAGAUUUUAAACAUUUAAGUUUAUAUUACAGAUGUAGAUGAAUGCUCAAACAAUAACAUCUCAUGUCAUCACAACUGUAUAAACACUGAGGGCUCCUUUACAUGCAGCUGUAGAAAUGGUUAUAGACUUGAUACCAGUGACAAGAAAACUUGUAAAGGUAUAGAUAAGUCUUAAGGUCUUAAUUAUUUAAAAAAUGUCAUUCAUAUAUAUGAAAGAAAUACAGAAUCACUAAAUUAUGCUCAUGUUUAGAAAUAUUCUUUUUUUCUUCUUUUUUAAUUGCUUGAUAUUUGUCACAGAGUUUAAGAAGAGGAGGAGGUCGUACUUUCUAUUUCUUGUUGUUUUUUCAUUUGUCUUGUCUGCUAAAGAAGGUUCUUACCUGAAACAUUCUUUUUUUAUAUAUAUUUCAUACUUCUACAUACCUUAUUCCACUAUUUCCUAAUUAUGUCAAUAUUAUAUUCUACUUAUUCUAAAAAAAACAAAAACAUUCUUGACAAGUUUCUAGCUAUUCCAAAAGUUUCUUUAAAAUGUAUUUGUUUUAUUUUUCAAUUAAUUAUUAUCUUUUUUACAUGAGUUUUAUUAAUAUUCAAAACUAAUACAUUGUUUCAUUAACAAAAACUUGUUUUAGAUGUUAACGAGUGUGAAGAACAAACAUCCCAAUGUCAGCACAGAUGUAUAAAUACAGAAGGCAGCUAUAACUGUUCUUGUAUAGAAGGCUAUGAUAUGAAGCCUGAUGGUUAUUCUUGUGAAUUAUCAAGUAAUUUGGGCUUUAUCUGAUGUUAACAGAUGCAUAAGUAACAUUUGUAGACCUACUCAUAAUCUUUUAUCAUGGAACUCAAAAAAUUUUCUUCAAAAUUUAAUUUAUUGGUUAAUCACAGUAACACAUUUUUAAAAAAAAAUUAUUUUAAUAAACAUUUCGAUAGUAUUCAGGGUAAUUCCAGUUAAAAUACUACCUCUGUGCAAUUAAUAGGCCUACUUCAUCAAAAAAAAAUCUAUAAAAUUAUAUAAAUUUUUUUUAUUGGUAACUUUGGUUUGCCGCUAAUUUUAACAAAUGAUAAUCUUUUAUUUUAGUUACUGGAUUUCAGAGAUGCACCCAAUGCCAACACACUUGUGUUUUUAAUAAGAUUAAUAAUACAGCCACCUGUGAAUGCAACAACGGUUUUCUUCUAGAUCCUAAAAAUAAAGCUGAGUGUAUAGGUAUAAAAUAAAACAAUAUUACUUUUUAAGAAGACCUAGGUGUAUGUUAAACCCAAUGGAUUCUUAUAUCACACAAACAUGAAAAUUCACUUCAUUUACUCAAUGGGAUUUACAAAUAAUGUAUUCUUAAAUGCUUUCAUUUGCCUUCUUUUGAAAGUAAAGUAAAAAAGUACCAUCUUUUAUUUAAGUUUUUCUUUCCAGUAACUCAUUAAAGUUCUUAAAAAUGAACUUAAAAAUAAUUUGAAUUUAAAAACAAAUUUAAAUUUCGUAUUUUUAUAUAUUUUAGAAAAUUCAUCUAAAGAAAAGUUUUUAUGUUUUUUAAAAAAAAAGACAUAGAUGAAUGUCAAAAUGAAAACAUGCCAUGCAGCCAGGUGUGUAUAAAUACAGAUGGAAACUUUUACUGUAAUUGUUACCAUGGUUACCAAUUACAGUCUGAUGCAGUCUCCUGUAGGGGUAAGUUUUGUUGCAUUAAUUUACAGUGUUUUGUUUGAAAUUUAUUUUAAAUGUAUGUCUUUCUUAUCAAGGAAUAACGUAUAAAUUAUCCAAUAUUUAUCCAAUUUUAAUAAGUAAAACCCUUUUCAACAGGUUGUUUUAUAUUUUAAUACAGCUUGUGAGGUUCCAUUUUAUGGUGAAAACUGCAAUAAAACCUGUGAUUGUAAUGGCAGAGGAUCUUGUAACACUGUGAAAGGAUGUGUUUGUAAUGAUAACUGGAAAGGGGUCAAUUGUCAUGUUGAUGUGGAUGAAUGUGACAUCAUAGGUUCGUGUCCUGAAGGACAGUUUUGUGAGAACACAAAUGGGUCAUUUACAUGUUCAUGUCCCAAUGGCUAUUUCAUGGAUGGAACUGUCUGUAAAGGUCAGUGCUUGUCUUAGUUAGAUAAUACAGAAUAAAAAUUUUAAUUAUUAAUAUUUUGGAGACUGCAUCAAUGAUUUUGCUGUUAAAAAGCAUGUGAUCAUGAAAUUCUAGUCUUGUUAGUCUAAAGUUGUUGAAAUUUGCAACUUUUUCUUUUUACUCAUGUCAUUAAAGAAAAAAGUCAUUGUAAACAAUAAAAAAUUAAUUUUAUGACACUAAUUGAAACAAUAUUUUAAAAGGCUUUUAAUUUUUGUUAAAGUUUGGCAGUAUAUAAAUCUCAUUUUUUUAUAAUAAUAAAUUCUUCCUAGAUAUUAAUGAAUGUUCCAGUCUUCAAACUAACCUAACAUGUAAUCUACGAAGAGAAAUUUGUGUUAAUACAAAGGGUAGUUACAGAUGUGAGUGCAAACAUGGCUAUGCCAGGGGUGACAAUUCUGUUUGUCAAGGUAAGAAUUUAGAAUGUCCCUUUUUUAUUUUGCUAUAAUAGGCUCCUCUUGCUACAAUUCAUCUUGAUCAAAGAUGCCAAUUUCUUGCAACAGAGAAAUGAGAAUUGCAAAUUGUCAAAAUACAUACAAGUAUAGAAUAUUAUAUAUAGAGUAUAUUUUAUUUUACAUAAACAUAAAUAAGUAUUAAAUUAUUCAUUGUACAUUUACAAAGUUGAUAGUGUGUAAAUUUUUAUAGUUCAUGAUUUCAAUCUCAACUUCUUUUUCCUUUCAUAAAAUUAAUAUAGUUUAUAUGCAAUUAAUAAUCAAAUAGAGUUUUUUUGUUUUUAAUCUUAAGACAUUGAUGAAUGCAACCUUGGUGGAGACAGAUGUCAGUAUCUGUGUCAUAAUGUUGAGGGUAGUUACAACUGUGAAUGUGAGGCAGGUUAUGUGCUAGCUGAGGACAGGCAUAGUUGCAUAAAUGGUAUUUUUUUACAAAAGAUAUGAGUUGCAACCAUGUAAUUUUAAUAAAUUUUUUAAUCAAUUGCAAUGUCUUUAAUAAUUUAACUUAGUUUUUAAUUUAAUGAGCUUUAAACUUUUCUAAAACAAAGAUAAACCAUAAUUUAAAUUGUUCAUAUAUUUAUAAAUGAAAUUAUUUUUUUUUCCUCAGUUUUUCAUUUUUACUCUUUUUUAAAAUUAGAAUCUAACUUUUAAAAAGUAGCAGUAGCAGACUUACCUAAUAAUCCAUUUUUAAAAAAAAAAUGAUAAACAGGGGAGGGUUAGAAAUCAGAGAGUGUUAAAGAUUCAUUCAUUAUUUGACAAUGAUCAAAUGUUCAUAUAAAAUAUUUACACAGUAGGCCGCUUCUAAUGAUAUAAUUUCAUAGGCAAGAGCUAAAAAAUUUUAACUUCUUGUGUUAACAUUGUAAACAAUUUUUCCUUCCAGUACAAGAUCUUUGUAAAGCAGCUAAACUUAACUGUACACAUGGAUGUAGUUUGGAUGAUAUGGGUAAACUUUACUGCAUUUGUCCUCGUGGAUAUAUAUUAAUUGGAAGUGAAAGCUGUGAAGGUGAGUAGCUGUUUUUUUAAUUUUAUAGCAAAUUUGGGGAGGUUAUGAGUGGAAUUGAAUUUUUAGCCAGUACUAAAUGGCUUAAGUGCUCAUUAGUUUAAAAAAUGAGGAAUGCAUUGCAAAUAUUGCUAAAAAAUUAUUUUUUUUAUUUCUCAAUAUAACCACAGUGGGUCUCUAAAUUAAUUUAAAAAUAAUAUGUUUCACAAUUAAAUAAAUGCUAACACAUUUUACAACAGAUAUAAAUGAGUGUAAUAAGCCAGAAAAUAACAGCUGUUCACAUAAAGAUGGAUGCAUUAAUACACAUGGUGGCUACACUUGCUCUUGUCCUCCUGGUGCCAAGUUGGAUAAUGAUGGUAGAAAUUGUCUUGGUAAGUCUUUUUUUCAGCUUAUUUUUUGGUUUAAAUUUUGAUUUAGAAAAUUCCAUGACUAUGUUUUUUUAAAAAAUUUAAUGCUAGUAACAAAGCAUGCAAAAUUAUCUCAAUUUUUAAAAAAUAUAUGUUGCUGGAUGUACUCUUUUUAUAUUUUGUUUUGUUGCUCUUUAAAAAAAGUAAUUAAAUUAUCUAGUUAAAAAAUCGAUUUCUUUCGUUCUUAUUUACUUUUUAUAGAUUGUACUGGAGACACCUGGGGAAUAGAAUGUGGUCAUGAUUGUGUUUGUGGAAUAGGGGCUGAGGAAUGUAACCCGAAGAUUGGCUGUAUCUGUAAUACUGGGUACACAGGUCUGUUCAGUUGUAGCUUAUUUCAUUUUAUGUCGAUGACUUUAUCAUUUGUAGCCAAAAUAUUUAAAAUAUAAAAAAUAUUUAUCUAAAAUGUCCAGAUAUUUACUCAAUAGUUUCUUAAACAGUUGAAGAGGAAAAUUAACCAUAUCCAUUUUCCAGUGCAAUCAGGCUUUUUUUUUUUUUAAAUACCCACUCAUUUUUUUAAAAUGUACACAUUUUUAUUUAUUGUAUUCUAUAUAUUUUAUUGCAAUAAAAAAUUUAAAUGUGAUUUUUUUAUUUUAGGUGAGCACUGCAACAUUGACAUCAACGAAUGCACAACUGGAAAUUUGUCCUGCAAGGCAAAAGAAGUUUGUGUUAACAUACCUGGCAGUGCUACAUGUCAAUGCCUUUCUGGAUUUCAAAAAGAUCUGAAUGGCAGUUGUGUUGGUAUGUUUUUGUGCUCAAUUUUUUAAAUUUAAAUCAAAUAUGCAUUGCAAUUUUUGAAAAUAAAAAAUAUAUUUAACUGUUUAAUUUUUAUUUCAGAUAUCAACGAGUGCUCUGGUAAAAAUAAUUGUACUCAAUUAUGUACAAACACAGAGGGUUCAUACAGCUGUUCAUGUUACGAUGGCUAUACGUACAACUUGACAAGAAAUGAAUGUUUAGGUAUGAUCUGAUUUGAUACUUUUGUCAGUGAACUCGAUAUGUUAAUCUUAUUUUAACAAGAUCAUAUAAAUGAGUUUUUCCAUUUGUUAGCUUUGGACCGUAUAAAUUUAUUAUUGUAUACAUUUUUAUAUUAAGGGUGGAUGGGACUCAUUAGCCUUGGAAGGCUAACUCUGAAUUCAAACCAGGAGCCAAAAUGAUCAAUAAAUUGUGGGCCCUCAAAUAUGAAAAAAAAAAAUAUUUAAAUUUUUUAAAGUUUAUAUUUCAGUGCACAAUAGUUUAAUUUAUUAGCCUCUUUGCCUGCUGAGAAAAUAGAACAUUCUGUAUAACAUUAUGGAGUAAUAUAGAAUAUGCAUAACUUUGGUAGAUAUGGAUGAAUGCACAUUGGGGAAAAAUCAGUGUGAUGAAAUCUGCACAAACACAGAGGGAAGUUAUCGUUGUUCUUGCCCUUUAGGAUUAUAUCUACAAAGAGAUGGCGUUUCUUGUGGAGGUUAGAUCUUUUCAUUUUAUCUAUGUAGCUUAGUUCUCAGACAUAUGUAUUUUAAGUGUCUGUCGCUUAUACAUUUCUCUUAUAACUAAGUUUGAAGCAUCGCAAAACUGCUUUGAAAAAUACUUUUUUUUAGUAUGCAAAUAUUAAAAUAUUUUUUUUAAAAAUAUAUUAUAUUUGUUAAAAAUAAGUAGACUAGACCUGUAGAAAUAUCUAUUAAAAAGGUUAAAAUUGUGUGAUUAAACAUCAAAAUAGGGAUGUAUUUUUUAUAUCAUUUUCAUCCCAAAACAAAGAAAACAAAGAUAAACCCUUAAAUGUAUGUAUUAAGAGAAAGUCUUAGUUUAAAUAUAAAAUAUGUUUGGAAACAUUACUGUUUUUUAUUAAAGUAAAUAAUAAACACAUCAUUUAAAAAUUACAGCGCUAUGGCAAAAAAUAAAUUAUUCCUGCAAUGUUUAUCCCUUCUAAAGCAUUUGUUAAAACUAAAUUUCAUUUCAGCUAACAUUCCUUGCAUCAAUCCAACAUUCUGUGGUGAGAUAUGUGCCAACAUUAAUGGUACUGACACAUGCUUUUGUGGGAAAGGAAAAAUUCUAGCAAUGGAUAAUGUUACAUGUUCUGGUAAUUAUGUUUUGUUUUCUCCAGACAUCUAGUCCAUAAACUUCAGAAAUUUCUUUGGUUUAAGCAUGGUAGUUACAUAUUGGAACUAAACUGGUGUUUAUUACAUAAAUCAUACAAAUUUCUGAUUAUUUUGUAAAUAAACUUAUUUUUAUUUCUUUAAUUUAAAAAAAAUAAUUUUUUAAAGUAAAUAUAAUAUAUUUUUUUAAAAUGUUAUUUGAGAUGUGGAUUUGUGUGAGCAAAGUUCAUGCACUGAAGGAUGUGUUGAAACUAAAGGAAACACCAGCUAUGAAUGUUUAUGUAAUGCUGGAAAAUACUUGGCUUCUGAUGGAAUUACUUGUACAGGUAACUUGACCAAAUACUUUACAUUUUUGUUAUUACAUGUCAUUCAAUAUAAAUGUAUUACCUAAGAAUAAAUUCAUUUAUUUAAGCUUUUGAUAACUAAUUUUUUAUUAAUAAUUGAUAAAAAAAUAUUUAUAGGCAUGUGCAUGAAAUGUAAAAAAUCUAUACUUUCAGAAUGCAUUGAUGGGAAAUAUGGUUUCAACUGUAGCAGUAAUUGCUCCUGUGACAUGUCACACACUGAAACUUGUGAUAAGCUUUUGGGGACUUGUAAAUGUAACAAUAAUUGGAGAGGAGUUAACUGUGUUGAUGAUGUAGAUGAAUGUGCUACAAACUCUAGAACAUGCCAAGAACAUUCACACUGUGUUAAUACAAAUGGUUCUUCCUUUUGUGCUUGCAAUGAUGGAUAUCUUGAUAGAAAUCAAGUUUGUAUAGGUAGGAAACAUUCACUUGUGUGUGCAUUACCUUGUCUAAAUAAGCUUUACCAUUACUUUAAGUAAAACUAUAAUUACAUUUCUUUAUCACAAUAGAAGAAAUCACAAUGUAAAUUUAGAAAAUACGAUGAAAUGAAAUUUGUCUAAAAGUUUGAGUAAAUAAAAUUAGCUUGCCUUUUUUUAUGGGAUGAAUAUAAAAAUUGAUUUAUUAAAUAAAAGAAUAUAAUUUUAAAAUAUAAAAUAUAAAAAUUUGUAAAAAGUUAAAAUUCUGGAAGUAGCUUAUUUUGUGGAAUAGGAUAUCACUUUUUUUUAAAUAUAUAUGUUAGUUAGCUUUACUUAAUAGUAGACCUUCAACAUCUGUAAAAUAUUUAAAAAGGGAUGCUAAAAAGGAUAUAAUUUUUUUUUAAAAUUUUUAGUAUUUCAUAGUUAAAUAUAUGUUUAUGGUUUUUGAAAAACGCUAUUUAUUUCUUUAAAGUUCUAUAUUUUUUCAAACACUCUCCCAGAAUGUGAUGACAACUACUAUGGCCCAGCUUGCUUAUCUCGUUGUUCUUGUGGAGAACAUUUCAACUGCAACAAAACUAAUGGAGCCUGCUACUGUAAACCUGUUUGGAGUGGAGACAACUGUGACAUUGAUAUUGAUGAGUGUAAUGAAUCUCUUCAUGUCAUUCACAACUGUAGCUCAACACUGCAUGAAGUCUGUAGUAAUACAGAGGGAGGCUACCAGUGUAAUUGUGAUGUUGGUUACACUAAAUCCUGUGAUUCCUGUAGAUGUGAAGGUACACUCUCUUUAAUAUGGUGAAUUAAUAAAAAAUAAUAUUUAACAGCUUUUAACAGAACAAAUAUAUACUGUAGGUUUGACCAGGCAAUACCCUGACAAUUAAAAAUCAAAUAUCAGUAAAUCUGUUUCAAACCUCAUCUUUUAGUUUCAUUCAUUUUUUUUUUUUUACCAACUAUCAACACAAUUAAAUUUUAUUUUCUGCCCACCUGGCUUAUUAAAUUUUGAUAUUACUGGAUUAUCACAUGAAUCAUUCUCUUUGCACCCAUAUACCUUAUAUCUAAACACAUAGCAUAGUAUCAAACAGACUGUUUUUAACUUAAUUUCCUAUAAGUCUUGGAUAAAGUUUGAUCCUCUGAUCAUUUAUUAAUUUCUGAUGUGUGUCAAGGCAACAAUUUGCAUAUUACAACCACAUUUUUUAUUUGAUUUUUGUUUAAUUUUACAAUCAUCCACACCUUGGUAUAAGUAUUGUUUUUGUUUAACAACACUAUUCACAGAUAUUGAUGAAUGUACAGCAGAACAAUUUGUGUGUAAAAACAAUUCUCACUGUGUCAACACAAAAGGUUCCUACGUGUGUAAAUGUGAUAUUGGUUACUUGGAUGAGAAAAAUCAAUGUAAAAGUGAGCCAUAUUUUUUUUUCAAAUACCAUUAUUGAUUUAUUUAUUUUUUUAUACAUGUAAUCAUUUAUAAAAUGUCUAUUUUCAUGGCUUUAAAAACAAAUUGUGUAGAAAAAUUCAGAACACUACCUUUAAGUAUUUUAUUAGUUUUUGUUUAGAUAUUAUAUCAAUCUAUAUAUAUAAUUCGCCAGCAAAGGUCAAACAAGACGGGUCAAACACCAAGCAGGCUAUUUAUAGAAUCGCCAGAGUGUGGUUCAAUAACGAGUUCACUAGCGCGUAAAAUAUAAUUCCUGAUAACUACGCUAAAUGAUAUAUAUAUAUUUUUUUAAUAACACAAUUACGUUUGGUGCGUAAUAUUUCCUUUUCGGAAAUGAAAUCGUCUCAAUUUAAGUAUUGUGUAAAAAAAUAUUCGGUUUAAAAGUGGUUGGGACAUGAGAAUAUUAAUAUAGUUCAUGGGCGUGAAAUAAAAAGUGUGCAGUGAAGUAUCAUGGGGGAAGGGGUGUAGCAAAUAUUGGGAUUCUUUUAAAUGUGCAUUACUUGAGUUCAAGUUUUGUCAAGUACAGACCUGUUUACCCUCAAACCCUUAAAAUCGUACUAUAUCAUCACAAAAUCGUUCAAUACCUUAGAUUUAUAGUAAAAAAUAAACAUACAGUAUAUAUAAUGUUUACACCUCAAAAUUGUACAUCGUACGCCAAAAUCGUAAGAGUAAACAGGUCUGCAAGUAACUUUACUAGAUGGGAAGUUCACGUAUUGCUGACGCCGUCGCCAAUGUUUGGUGGGCUAUAUCUAGUUAUCUUAACUUUAUGAUUUUUAAAAAGAAAGCUAUAAAGACUGCCAAAUUCACAGAUAAGGAAAUUUUAUUAUCUCUCAAGUUAAAUAUUUGAUUAAAUGUUAUACCUUUUUUUUUUUUAAAUACACAUACUUUUUAAGAUGCCUUCUAGUGUUUUUCCUUUCUUGUAAAUAAAAUAUAAUAUAUUUAAUCUUACUAUAGCCUUUAUUUAAUUUCAUAUUAUUAUAACCUUAAGCCAUUUAAAAGGAAUAUUAUUUUUCUGAAAAGUUAUGUUAAACUUUUUCUUUUUCUUUAGCACCACCUUUGAUUCAUGCAUUUCCUUCAACAAUAACAUUGAAUUAUAAUGCAUCAGGUGUCAAUUUGACAAAUGAAACUUUUAUAAUAUCGGUUCAAACAAUGGUAAGCAUUUGUCACCUUAUUUCUUUAAAUCACUCUAAAUUUUUUAAUUGUAAUGCUAAGACUUUCUAUUUGUUAAUGAAAUAGGAACACAGAUUCACAUGACUAGAGAUUUUAAAAUAUCUUUCCUUUUUAUCCAUUCAGAUUAAGAAGUAGUCAUACAAUGACAAUUUAUUUCCAAAUUUCUCUUCUAUUUUAAAAGAGAUCACAUGUGUUUAAUAUAAAGAAGCAAAAUAGGCCAAACAAUUUUUUUUAACAAAAAUUAUUUGUUGAAAAUGGUUAAGGAUGGUCAAGGUUGGUAUUAUACAAUGUAUAUAAAAAUUUCAUAUAUUAUCUCAACAGAUUGUUUAUACAAACGGUUGGUCAUUUUAUAGUUACAUUUUAAAACUAAGAAAUCCAAAAAGAUUUUAGAUUAUAAACAGUAUUACAUGAUAUUUGUAGUCAUUGUGAAAUGUCGUCCACUUUCAAAAAGUCACUUAAAACCCAUCUGUUUAGGUCCGCCUAUGACCUGUGAUGCACCCUCCUUGCCCUGCCUCAUUUUCUGUCUCAGGUUGAUCCUGUAGUAUAGGCCAAAACGUGCCAAAGUGUCCUCGUUUUAUAGCCCUUUUAAUUGUUUCUAUAGUAUAUUAGUUACUAUCCUAGUGUCUCAUUUUUAUUUUACUUAGUUUACAUGUUUUUAAUAAUUGUAAAGUGCUUAGAGCUUUAAGGUAAGCGCUAUAUAAAAAUGCCCAAAUAAAUAAAUAAAAAAAUAGUAUAUCAAUGUUUAAGUUAGUGUAAAAAAGAUUUUAGAAGAUAAUUAUUUGCACAAAAAUGUAAUUCAUUUAUUUUUAUUCUUUCUUGUAGUUGACUGAUGUUGUGAGAGACAUGAAUCCACUAAUCCUAUCAGUAAAAAUUAUUAGACUGAGGUAUUCAUUUUAGUCUUUACUGUCUUUUUUCUUUAACUAUCUAUCAAAAUCUAUGCAUUUCUCAAUCAAUUUUUUUAUAACUUUAAUAAUUUUGUGUUGAAGAUCAUUGUAAAUAUUAAAUUUAUUACUAAUUUUCCACAAAUUAGUAAAUAUAAGUAUUAAUUAACAAUUGAUAUAUUAUUUUUAUACAGGGUGGCCGAGAAAAAGUGAUAACCUAUGUUACAAUGUAAUAUAACAAAUGUUAAUGUAAACUGUAUCAAUUUACUGAUUUACUUAUGUACCUUUAUAACUAUAUAACAUUAUUAUUAUGACAAUUUCCGAUGGUCAUAAAUGACAAAACAUUAUAUUCAUUAAAUUAUAUUAAACAACCUUUUGCUAUGACAUGUUCUCCCUUUUAAUUGUAUAAUUGUUUUUUUAUUGCCACAAUCUUUUUAAAUUCUGAAAUAUAUUUAUUUAAAGAUCUCAAGAUUUUUUCCAAGUCCCUUGGGUGAAUAAAUUCAAAUCCUGACAAGAAUACUGUUUAUGUUACUAAUGGGCAUUCUAUAGCUGUUACUGUUAAAAACAUACUUUUGCUCAUGUUCACAGUCAAGGUAGCCUUAUUGUAGAAAGUAGCUUCACCAUGGCCACUAAUAGCAGCACUGAUAAGUCAAGUGAACUAAGUCUGGCCAACACAUUAGUGGAGAUGAUGCAAAGAGAAAUUAAUAUCACAAUAGAUAAUCAGGUGGUCAGAUUGAUGUCUCUUAAAGUAAGCGAAACAGAAAGUAAGUUUUCACACAAGUGGUGACAAAAAAUGGUUUACACAAAACUACAUUUUAAAAUGAUAUUUAAAAGUCAAUUUUGGUAAGUUUGAUGUAAAAAGCUAUUUAAUGAUUUAAAAAUUCAUUUUUGUAAUCCUUAAAAAAACUAUAUGAAUUUAUGUUCACUUAAAAACUUUGUUUUUUUUUCAAUCUUUUCCAAGUUUUAUGAUAUUCUCUGUGUUGAAGUUAUCUCUUUUUCCAGCCAACUUGUAACAGAUUGACUAAUUUAUUAAAAGUUUUAUGAUUUCUUAUAAUUUUAUAUCCAAUUAUUCUCCAUAAACUUUAAAAUAAUUAUUGCAGUACUGAUGAAUGAUAAGCCGUGUGAUAUUAGGAUUAAGAUAUCACCAUGCUCAAAUUCUGAGAUUUGUGAAGAAAAUGGAAAAGUGACUGUGUGCAAGUGA